UAACUGCCGCUUCGGCAUUCCCAAAAUCAUCGCAACCGACCGCGCGGUAACGAAACGUUCACUUGGUAAGGGCACAUAGUUAACGGCUUCCAAAAAUUAAAUUCAAAUUCCGAAUUUGGAAUCGCGGCCGUGAAUACAAAUAGUGAAACACAAUUUUCAACAAAUCGUGGAAAGUGUUAGUGUGUGGUGUUCCUUUGAGCGUUUUUCCGUGUUACCGCAAUGCUGAUGGUGGCGUGACACCGGGUUGACAAGAAUCAAUCCGCGAGAUGUCGCAACCGCCGCCGGGGCGCGGGCGCGCGCGAGCGCCCGGUCCACCCUCUCCCCUCCACUACAGACCUCCGUCUCCCUGGGCGCCUAGCCCCCCACCCCUCAUAUCUGGUCCUAGACACUCAACUGCCAUAGUAUCUCCGCCACCAGUACACCCUUCCCCGAAACCCUUCCGUCCAUUGCACUCGCCGCAAAAUUUCCGUCCACAUUCUCCUUCCCCUAGUUCCCACUUCUCGAUCUCCCCGUACCCGAUGUCUCCGACUCUCGGCCAGAGUCCGGAGUACUACUACUCGUCUCCGUACGAACCGGUUCGCGAGUACGAUUACGCGGGAGUGCCUCUAGAACCUCCGCCGCCGCCACGGCCGAUGAUCUAUGAGGAAGAUGAGGAACGGGGACCGUCUACCGCGGAGAUCAUCGCGUGCCAGUCACAGGAGGGCUACGUCGACGAGAAGCUUGCCGAGUACCAAGCGACGAUUCAGUUAUUGCAAGAUGAACAAGAACGAGUACAGAAAAAGACGUUUGUCAAUUGGAUCAAUUCACACCUAUCAAAGCGUAUACCGCCCAUGCGCAUCGAUGACCUGAUAUACGACCUGCGAGAUGGCACCAAGCUGCUGGCGCUGUUGGAAGUGCUGUCAGGGGAGAAGCUACCAAUGGAACGCGGAAGGGUUCUCAGACGGCCUCAUUUCCUCUCGAACGCGAACACGGCACUACGCUACCUCGCCGGCAAGAGGAUCAAGCUGGUGAACAUCAACGCCGCUGACCUGGUGGACGGACGACCAGCCGUCGUGCUCGGCCUCAUCUGGACGAUUAUCCUGUACUUCCAGAUCGAAGAGAACAGCCGUGCGCUGGAGUAUCUGGGCGGGUCGCGGUGUGCGUCUGCGAUGUCGUACGAGUCUGGAGCGGCGACUCCCACGCAGCGCGCCGAGGAGCGGUGGAAGCAGGGCGCUAAGAAGACCCUGCUGCAGUGGGUCGCCAAUGCUCUGCCUAAGGACUCAAACAUCCAAGUCAGUGACUUCGGCCCAUCCUGGCGCGACGGCAUCGCGUUCCUCGCCAUUAUUGACGCAAUCAAGGCCAACCUGAUCAACUUGGCUGAAAUGAAGAGGAAGACCAACAGGCAACGUCUCGAACACGCCUUCGACGUUGCCGAGUCAGAACUUGGCAUAGCUAGACUACUGGACGCCGAGGAUGUGGAUGUAGAUAAACCAGACGAGAGGUCCAUCAUGACUUACGUAGCACAGUUCCUGCACAAAUAUCCCGAACCCAAGACAACAGGCCCAGACGCUGUAGCGGCAGUACAGGAGGAGUACGAAUCGCUUCGAAUGUGGCUGACGGAGCGCGUCACCACAGUCCAGAGGCAAUACGACUCGCGCACACUCUCGCGCAACUACGACGAUUACGUGCGCGCCGAGCGCGACCGCCUCGCGCGCGAGCCGACAUACAACAAACUCGAAAAACUCAUGUACACACAGAGCCUCGUCGCCAUCGCACCCAAAUCCUGGCGAGAACUAGUUUCCCUCUGGGUCGAACUCGAACGACUCCACAGAAGGUGGCUUUGGCUCCUAGACUCCGAACUCCCCGGUGACUUCAGAAACGUAGGCGAAUGGCUCGCCAGAGCCGAAUACUUGCUCUACUUCGACGAAAUCCCGACCAGUUUAGACGAAAGAACGGCAGCUAUCAUCAGCGAGAAGUUAGAAGAACACAGUUCGUUCUUCGCUGGUCUUCCUGAAGUCGUAGACAGAUUCGAAGCGGCAUUACGAUCGGCCGACGCUUCGAGAAUACCGGCGGAGAGGUUACAAGAUAUGAAAGGCCGACUCGAGACCGUGAGUCGAAGAGCCCCUCAGAGGAAGGCGAGGUUAAAGUAUUUGGAGCACAAAUGUUGUAUAGUAGCAUUCACAGAAUUGACUAAAGCUAAGCUAGCCACGUGGACCAGUAAAUACGGUCGCGUGGACCACGUCCGUGCCUUAUUAGAUGAUUACGACAAUUUUGUUACGAAGAACAAGAUUUUCCAGGAGUUUGAUAGAGCGUAUGUUGAUAUUAAGCAAGUAGCUGAGGAGUAUAAGAGAGUGUGUGAAGUGGAUAGGACGGAAGCGAGAGAGAUCGACGCGUUUUUGCGUGAGGUGUCGGAAACGUGGCGCCGAGUGGCGUCCGAUGUGCGUUGUGCCAGAAGUGUUCUGGAGGAGGUAAUAGCUCACUGGGAGAGAUGGAACACUUUAGCUGAUGACUUUAGUACUUGGUUGGACAAGGCACAACAUAUGUUGCGCGUGUCUGAAGAUGAACGUCUGGAGUUCUUCCAAGACCUGACGGUGUGGAAGGAGCGGCACCAGCUGCUGGGUGACGCAGCCGGCUUCCUCGCCGCUACCUGCUCGGAGGACAUCAGCUCUGAGGUCAAGAGGAAGUAUGUGGAGAUUACUGAACGCUGGGAACGCGUUUGGGAGGAAGCUGAGCGCUACGUCCGUGGUGGUGACGCGCUGCGCCAUCGUCGCGAGCUCUCCCAGGGCGUCCAAGCACUUGAUCAAUGGCUCACCUUGGCUGACAAUCUGCUGGCACACCAACCCAGAGCCAACACUCAUGAUAUCCAGGCUUACAUUGAUCGACUACUGCAGCUCAACUCUGAGAUUGAACACCAUGAGGAACUGUUCAAGGCUAUUAGCAGAACUUUCCAGAACGCAAUAGCCGAGCUGCCCCGCGACGAAGUGGAGGCCAAUAUGAUCAAAUUGAAGCAACAAAAAGAAGCGCUAGUGCGCGUGCGUGCGACUGUUCCUGUCAAGUUACAUCAGUAUAGACAACUGUUGGUCCAACACGAGUCGCUGGAGAGUGGACAGAAGGAGAUCGGACAGUGGCUGGAUAAAGCUGAAGAGACGCUGCAGACUAGAUAUGAGACUAGACGUGAGGUGUUAGAGGAACGCUAUGAAGUGCAUCGUACGUUCUUCUCUCGCACCACUUACUACCGUUCCAUGUUGGAGAGUAAGAACAAGGUCUUCCAGAAUAUCGUGAAGGCAGCUGAUACCGACCGUAGUGCUGACGUCAGCGAGCAAGUGAGACACAUGCGCGACUUGAAUGAGAGAUUCGCGCACGUCUCCUCGGAAGCGACGCGGCGAGAAGCUGACCUGCAGCGGCUCGUACGAGCGUGGGAAGACUUCGAGUCCAAGAAACGAUCGGUAGAGGAGUGGGCCACAAGAGCAGAAACCCUGCUCGCAGACAACAGGGUCGAUUCCAAACAGGCUGUGGACUUCCACAAGAGGUUCUUCCAGGGAGCCGAUGAGAGAGCCGUUUCGGAACUCGUCCGGUCUGGACGCGAGCUUAUCGAGCUGGUGAACGAAGAAGACCGUCCCCGUGUGGUACAAACAGUUGAGGAACUACAACGUCGCUGGCGCGAGCUGCUUGCGCGUGCGCCGCCUCACCUCAUGCGGUUAGAGUUCCGGCUGGAUGAAGCUGUCUUCCACCACUGCAUCAAGGACAUCGAAAAGGAGAUCGUUUAUGAAGAACAGGCAUACAACCAGAGCGAUGAUGCAGACGGCAUCCUCAUAAGAAACGAGGAGUACUUCCGCAACCAAGGCAAGGUCAUGCAAGUGGAGCAUUGUCUGCAAAACCUACAUAAAAUAGCCACCAGUUACACCCACCAGACCGGCGACACUUCUCUUGAAGAGGAGUUGAGAAAAUGCGAACAGCAAUGGGAGAGUACUGUUCAUAGAGUGGAACACUUCAGGUCUCAGUUGCAAAGGAUCCCAGCGAAGUGGGAUGCAUAUAGAGAGAAGUAUAAGGAGAUGGAGCGAUGGAUGGAGCAUGUCGAUAAGACUAUGGAUAGCAUCGUGCGUGAAGUAGACUCCGCUGAAGCGUUUGAACGGGAGAAGACGAUUUUCCAGAACAUCUGCCGCGAAGCCGACCGUAAACGCGAAGACAUGAAAUGGCUCGUCCAAACGUUGGAUAUGCUUACUAACCACUGCUCCGAAGGGGAGGCUCAAGAAGAACAACUCAAGUUGGAAAGCCUCAUCUCCAGAUAUAAGAACCUAAUCCCUACAAUCGAAAUCACCAUGAUCAAGACAGAGACGUACACAAGAUGCUAUACAUACAGACGCGAGGUGCACGAAGUUAUUUGCAUACUGGAGACAGCUCAGAAACAAGCAAUGGUUGAACCGGAGCCACAUUCGUUGCAACACGUGGAGCAACUGGUGUUGGAACAGCAGCAAGCUGUACAGAAACUCGACCGCCACCGACCUUCUGUCAUGUCUAUGUUGCAACGCGGCAAGGACCUCAUCAAGGAUGCCAACGCACCAGCCUUCGUCAGAGAAGAUGUCCGCAACCUCGAAACUGGCUGGAACGCUGCCUAUGAAACAUCUACUGACCGUCUCCACAAACUCCGUGACACACAAAAAGUCUGGUCCAACUAUGAGUACCAAAAAGACGAAUUGCUGUCAGAUUUGGACAAGAUUGAGGGCUAUGUUGCUCACCCUGGCCUAGAACUCGGUGUGACUAAUAUCAGCCGCGAACUUCAAGACACCAAGGUUCUUAGCGCUGAUUUGCUUAAAGCUAAGUCUGAAAGACUGCCUCAACUACAACAAACUUAUGCUGAAUUACAGCAACUUACUGCUAACAAACCAAAACCUGUAAUAGAGAAAGAUCUACAAGCCAUUGAACACAAGAUAGACAGAGUCCAAGAUGAGGUGCAAACUAAAGUUGAACACUUAGAAAAGUUCAACGAAGAAUGGGUCAAGAUUGAACAUAAGUUGGAACAUGUUCGAGAAUGGAUUAGAAAAGAAAGCCCUGCGAUAAUUUCUCAAAUUCAGACCGAAAAUAUAACCCCUGAAGAACGUGUAGAAAAGUCACAGGCUUUGCAAAAGAUUAUUGCAGAGAAGUUAGGAAUAAUCAGGGGCGUUGCUGAGCAAGGGUCCAGAUUGGCAUCUGAACACCGUAUACAAGAUGCUAACAGAUUAAAAGGUGAAGUACAUAUGUUAGAAAAGAUGAUGGCUGAUCUGCAAAGAUCCACGGAACAACAGACAAAAGUAGUCGAACAUGAUUUGGCUAGUUGGCAAAAGUAUCAGAAGGGUGUUGCUGAAAUCAAGCCAUGGAUUGAAGAAGCUGAAAUGAAGCUUGCCAACGUACCUAAGCCCAGCACAUUGCCUGAAGCACAGCAAUUACAACAACAGUCUAGAGCUCUGAUCACUGAUUGUGAUAAACAGCUUAUGAACUUACAGAUCUUAUCGAGCGUCAGCCACCAAUUGUCGGGCAAAACUAGUGCACCUGAUGAAGUCGACGCUAUCCAUUCCAGAUGGGCAGUAGUCCAUGACUUAGGAGACCAAUGGAAUAACAAGCUAGACAAACUCGUUAAUAACUGGGAGAACUUUGAACGUGAUGCUGAGAAAUUGGAGGCUUGGAUUGAAAAUGGAGAAAAAUUGCUAAGUGCUCGCAGCGUUUCAAUUGAUUCGCCUCAAGUUGAAAAAUUGGACCGAGAGUUGAACAAACUGAAGUCCUUUGGAAAUGAGAUUUCUCAGCAACAAGCCAAGAUUAUCAGCUUAUCGCAAAGUUGUGAUAAUAUUUGUCAUAACAUUCAACCUGAAGGGGCUAAUCUCUUAAAGAAUAAAGUAUCUGACAUCAAACAACGAACAAAUGCUCUUGCUGACACUGUCAGGUCAAGAGUAAACGAAUUAUCAGAUAAAAUCAUUGUUCGUCAAGAAUUUAUGACUAAGCUACAUACAUUUGACAACUGGAUUACUGAUUUCAGAAGAAAGACAGAAAGCUAUGAUCAAAUAAGUGCUGACAAAGUUGAGCCAGCGUUACAAUCCAUGCACGUUCUCUUACAAGAGCACGCGGCUAAGGAACCUGAAUUCACUGACAUCUACAAUGAAAUCAAGAACAUGACGCUUUCUUCCCACCCAGAUGAGUCACGCUCAUUAAGUGAGACAUACACGAAUAUUGCUCAACACUACCAAGUUAUUGAAAAUAAUAUCCAACAAAACAAAGGAGUCCUGCAAAAGUGGUCUGAUCUUUUAAACUGGUACGAAGAUUCUAAGCAGCAGCUAGGUCAUAUUCAGUAUCAGAUUGAUGGCCCUAAACUAACACCAGAAAGUUAUGAAGUAUUGCGACAAGAACUCGUUAAUGUCAUCACUAAGGUGCCAGAGUGGAAGAGCAAUGUAGCGCUCCUUGAUGGACCGCAAAGAAUUAAGGUUACCGACCAAAACACCGGCCGAAUUAUGUCACCUACAAGUUUAGUAAAGGAAAUUGAGACAAGAGCUGAACAAUUACUUAGCCAAGUGACUUCGAAGAGAGACUUAGUACAGAAAGUCGGCGCUCGAUGGGACAAAUUCAACCUUCAGCACAAUGCUUUGGCUGAGGUAUUGCACAACGUUCAGUCGGUAUUAAACGACAUGGCUCAGAAGCCAGUACCUUUGACUGAAGCCACAAUCCAGGAUAUGUCCGAACAAUUAGAUAAACUUGAUUCUGAAAUGAAAGAGAAGCAAUCGAUACGCAAAGAAUUAAGAGAAGAAGGUCUGCAUCUAAUGAGGGAAGAUCAACCAAAUAUGGGAACUAUUCAAAACGCUUUAUCUGCUGCAGAUAAUAAUUGGGACCAAAUUGUAAAUUCCGUUCGUGAUACCAAGAACAGAUAUAUCCUUUUGUCUUCAACACUACAAGAACUUAAGAAUUUCACUGUUGCCUUUGACAGGGAAAUGGGCCGAGCUGAGCAGUUGUAUAACGACUGCAAAGAUGCUCCUAACGAUUAUGUACAGACGGCUCAGGCUCUUGACAAGGCCAAGAAAGCUUAUGAGAUCUUGAAGCGAUCAAAGGGCUUAUUAGACCAAAUGGACGUUAUCAAGCAGUCAGUGUUAAAACAAGCGUCAACUUUGGGAGGAUUUGACACAAGUCCACUAGAAGAAGCAUUCCUUACUUCCCAGACACACUGGGAGAAAGUAAAUGACGCCAUCAUUAAGAGGAUACAGGACCUAGAAUCUCAACUUAUCGUUUGGAGACAAAUUGAUGACACAAAGAACCAAGUUGUAACAUGGCUGAGCGAAACUGGUCAGAACUUGGCUAAUGCUUGUGACAACCUUGAAAUCAGAUUCGGCCAAAAUCAUCUUACCAAGUACAAGGAAGAAUUGCCUUUGUAUUUAGGUCUUAAGAACAGUAUCAAAGCUAAAUGUGAACAAAUUACCAAUUUGAAUAAAAACAUCCCUAUGGGACAAGUUUCAUCAAUCAUUGAUUAUUUGGAUAAUGAGUUUGAAGCCCUGCAACAACUAGCAAAUAACUUGGAAGGAGCUGUAUCCUCGUUAGAAUCUAAGGAAAACAAACUAAAGGACAAGAUAAAGCGGCUAUCAGAUAACGUUAGUAAAAUCCGCGAUGAUAUUAUCCAAUGCGAUGACAUGACCGGCGAUAAUGCAAAAAUUUUGGAUCGGCUGAAGAAAUGUCAGGCAUGCAAGGUAGAAUUGCAGAAUCUGAACGACGAAAUUGACAAUUUGAUUCAAGAUGUAUCUGAAAUGAAUGCUAACUAUCCCGGAUUCUACGAAUCUCUUGUACCGAAGGAACUGAGUUCAUUACAGAAGAGAUUUGAAAGUGUACUUGUGCACGCAAACAAAACAGAGACAACCCUCCUUACCUUCCUACAAAAACUGUUUACUGACAAACUUGCCAUGUUUAAUAGAAAUCUGAAAAUAUUAGACGACAAAACGAGAUGGUGUAUGCCUGACGUGAACAGUGACAAAUACAACUUAGAAGUGAAGAAUGCUGCAUUGACUGACGUGGAAAAUGGCAUUGCGGAUUGUCAGAAGAAAGUAGUAGAACUUCAAGAAGCCUGCGAAAUUCUUCGUGUUGUAGCUGAACCAGCUACUGCUCAAGAAGCGGCCGUACAGACAGAAAAAGCAAAGAAAAAUCUUGAUGUACUAAACGCCAAUUAUCAAGAAAUAAAGACUAGAUUACGGGAAAAUAUUGACGCUUGGCAAGAGUACGAAACUUUACUAGAAAAUGUAUCAGAAUGGCUAAAGGUUAAAGAAAAUAAAGUAAGGUUAGAAGCUGCUAAUUUAUUGAACCUUAGUGAGAUAGACGACAAAAUCAAAGAAAUUGAAAGUCUAAACAAAGAAGUCAAGAAUUAUGGAGAUGAAAUCAACAAACUUACUGAAAUUGGCGAGAAAAUCUUAGCUCGUAAUCCUGACUCACGAGUCGUACAGUAUGUCAAUCACUUAAUGACAAGAUACCAGGCUGUUGGAAAAUUCAUGGAUAGCCAUUUGAAUAGACUCAAAGAUUUGAAGGAUAACAAAGGAAAGUAUGACAAAUCGAUUGCUGAAUUUAAGACGUGGUUGCAAGACGCUAAUAACAAAAUCAGUGACGUAGCAGCUAUGAGCAAACAUUUAAAACCAACGUCAACAGAUCUAGAACAAGUAAAAAGGCUAAAUGACAACAAAGAAAAUGGUCAGAAAUUGCUCAAUAACGCUAUUGAAUCAGGCGAAGCUCUGUUCAGUGGUAUAACCCCCGAAGGACGUGAACAAAUAAGAAAUGAGCUUAGAUCUCUAAGAGAUUACUUUGAAAACUCUGUUGAUUCACUGAACAAUGUUAUUAAAGAUAUUGAAACAACAAUCAACAAGAGAUCGUCUUUCGAUGAUACCUUCAACCAAGUACAAAAAUGGAUUAGCGACAAAGAAAACGAACUUGGAGAGUUCAAGUUAUGUCCUACUCUUCCGGAAAAGAAAGCUCAACUUCAUGGCACUAAGAUUUUACACCAAGAAGUUGAAUUACAUCAGUCCAUGCUUUCGCAGUUGACUGAGAAAAUCAAAAUGAUGCCAGACGAGGAAGCCGAAAAAAGCCUUUCCAAAACCAUUGAUAGAUACCAAAAUAUGGGUAAGGAACUUGCAAAAAGAGUUGCUACUUGUGAAUCUAAUGUAGGUGAUCACGAAAAAUAUGUCCAAAUGUUUGAAGAUAUUCGCGAUCGUCUUAACCAUAUUGUUGCUGAAAACAGUCUCCUCUCCUACGGAGGUGUUACACAGAAAGAAGACGUCGACUCUAAAAUUACAGCUAUAGAAAAAGUUAUGACUAAGGCUCAAAAUAUCGAUAGCGAUUUGAAUGCUCUCAAAUCCCAGCUAGACACAGUUUUGAAAUCCACCAGUUCUAACGGACAACCCUUGCUUAUUAGUGAAUACGAACAGCUUAAAGCUGUUUGGGACCAAUUUGCAACACAAUGUAAGGAACAAGAUAAGAAAUUGAAAGAAACUUUGAAACAAUGGACUGAAAGCCAGAAGACUCUUGAUGAACUUGAGGAAUGGCUGAAAAUAAAGGAAAAUCAAGUACGUGAUCAAAGUCUUAAGAGUAAUCUAGAAGCUAAGAUAGCUCAUUUGCAGAAGGUAAAGGAAAUUCAAAGUGAGCUCGCUACCAGAGCUACUGAUUUCGCUGCGUUGACAGACAGCAAACAAAACGUUGCCAGCGAAUCAGAAUUAAGCAGCAAGACAUCAAAAUUGGCUACAAGAUACCAUACCUUGAAUAACCUUGUGAAUGAAAUCAUUUCUAAAUAUGAAAUGUUUGUAGCAGAACACCAAGCUUUCGAAAACGAAUAUGAUGAUAUGGAAAAAUGGUUGAUGGGCAUGCUCGGUGAGCUACAAGAUCUAAAUGAAAUUGUUGGUGAUUAUGCCGUGCUACAAGAAAAGCAAAACAAAGCGAAGGAACUGUAUGAAACGAGGAACAAAAAGACUCCUGCUUUUGAAGAAUUCUUAAGUUUAGGCGAGAAACUUUAUACACAUACUAGCCCUGAUGGCCGUGAGUUCAUACGCCAAAAGAUUCGUAAGAUACGGACUUUGUGGGACAGCUUUGGUGACAGUUUCCAAGAGACAGUUAAUAAACUGGAUCAGUGUCUCCUCCAGUUUUCAGACUUUUCUUUGGCUCAAGAACAGCUGACUAAGUGGUUGAAAGAUGUUGAGAGAGCCAUGCAACGUCACACAGAGUUGAAGGCGUCUCUUGAAGAAAAGAAAGCUCAGUUGCAGAAUCACAAGAUAAUGCAUCAAGAAAUAAUGGCCCAUCAACAACUAGUCGAGUCCGUAUGCGAUAAAGCUCAACAGUUAGUUGAUCAAACUCACGAUGCUUCCCUGAAUGUAUAUUUGCAGUCAAUCAAACAACUUUUCCAAAACAUCGUUACAAAGUCUCAAAAUCUUUCUGAUAAUUUGGAAGACUGCGUAAAGAGGCACGAAGAUCUUGUGCGCCUCAUCCAACAAUACAAGGAAUGGCUAGGCUCCCAGUCAGAAAAACUACUUGACAUUGAAAAUGCUACUGGUGAAAAGCCUGAAAUAAUAAGGAAACUUCAAUCUGCAAUUGCCAUGAAAGAUAUUGAAAAAGUUGGCUCAAGCAAAUUAGACGAGAUUCGAAGUGUUUUCUCUUCCGUCAGCAAGAGCACUUCUGAAGCCGGCAACGCUGCUAUCAAGGCCGAGAUCGAUAACCUGCUUGAACAACUACGCAAUGCGGUAGACGGUAUUGAAACAUCUGAACAGAAGUUAAAGCACACCUUAGAGAUUUGGAACAAGUUUGAUUCUUCAAUAGAGUCGAUUACUGUAUGGCUUAAAGAUAUGGAAUCUAAAUGUCGUGACCAAAGUCUAUGCUCAACUCUGCAGGAAAAAGAAGCUCAGCUGCAAAGAUACGUUAACUUGCGUAAUGAAAUAAACGCCAAGGAAAAAGAAAUUGAUGCGUUUGUUGAUGAAUCUCACAGUCUUAUUCAACUUAGCGGGGUCGAACGUCUAAAACCACUUGUGACUCAAAUAAGUAGCCGCUAUCAACAAUUGCAUUUAAUUUCUAAGGACAUCGUCAAUCAUUGGUCUGAACUAGUCACUGACCAUAAGAAAUACGUUCAAUUACGCAAUGAAUUUGACGCGUGGUUGAAGCCUUUAGAAGAACAAUUAUCCCAGAUGGUGACAAAAGAAGACAAACUCAGCAUUGAAAGUAAAGGCAACAAGCUUCAAGUGUUCUUACUUGAAAGAGACAACGGUGAACACAAGAUUGGUAUCUUGACAACGGCUGGUGAUAAAGUUCUGCCUGAAACUGCCGCUAAUGGUAGAGAAAAUAUCCGUUCUGAAAUAAGAGUUCUCAGAGAACGAUGGGACAAACUGAAUGACACUAUUCUUCAACAACAAAAGGAGUAUGAGUCUCAAACACUUCAGUGGUCUAGUUACCAAGACGUCUUACAACAAACGUUAUCGUGGUUAGACGAGAAAGAAAAAAUUGUCGAGGCAGAAGAGAAAGCUGUGUUGAACUCUGCUCAAGAAAUCAAAUCAAAACUUCUUAAGAACAAAACCUUGUUACAAGAAAUUGGUUCACAUAAGAGAGUGAUUGAAACCGUUACUGAAAAGGCAAAGAGUGUCGCUGCCAAUCUUCAUUCAGGCAAGGGAGAAGGUGACGAAAUGAAUAAAAUUAUUCAGUCUGUGUGGGACAGAUACAAUGCUCUUACAAACAGAUUGUCCUCAAUUGUUGAUAAGCACGAAACUACAUUUGACAUCUAUCAGCAGUUCGGUGACCAGCAGAAGUCGUUACAAGACUACCAAAAGCAUUUGUGGGAUCGUCUUCACCUUCUGUCAGACUUUACUGGCAACAAAGCUGCUUUACAAGGAAAAUUAGGUAAAAUACAAGAAUUAUUAGACGCCAUUCCAACAGGAAACAACAAAUUAAAGAUUUUGUCUGAUUUGAUCGAAAACAAUGGAGCAAAGUUAUCGCCUAGAGGCAAAGAAGGUAUGUCAAGAGAGCUCGCUUUGCUUAAGGCUGAUUUGGAGAAAUUCACAGCAACUGUCCAUGAUGUAAAGCGAGGCAUUGAAGACAAGAUACAACAAUGGAUCGAAUUCGAUAGUGCUAAUGAGCGUUUGCAACACUGGUUGAGUGAUACGGAGAUGAGCUUGAAGACUUAUACCCCAAAAGCUACUUUAGAAGAGAAGGUGGACCAGCUCAACAAGUAUCAGGAUUUAUGUAAAGCGAUUGAUAAUCACGAAAAUGAUUUGAGCACGACCAUAAGAUUUGGCGAAGCCUUGGAUCAAGCUAUAUUGGCAAACUUAAAGAAGACCGAAAAUGACGUCGACAAAUUGACCGAUGAAUUUAGUGAUCUUAUAGAAAACUGCAAUGAUACGAGAAUCACUAUGAAUCUACAACAAAUGACAUCAAGAUUCCAAUCUGUGCAAUCAACAGCGAAGGAACUUGUCAAGAAAUGUGAACAAGCUGUCAAUGACCAUAACGCGUAUCAAGAAAAAUACAACCAAUGCACAGAUUGGAUUAAGGCAGCACAACACAAAUUCGACGAAUGCCAGAAGAAUUUGUCUAAUACUCCUGAAGGUAUCAGUGCUAAGCGGGAGAGUCUUAAUGACUUGCUUAGUCAACGCCGUAAUGCUACUCUUCUGGUCAAUAAUACCUUCGAAUUAGGUGAAAAAUUAUAUCCUUCAACAUCACCAGAGGGCAAGGAUCUGAUUGAACAGCAACUGCACGAUAUUCAACAAGCUUUGGAUAACCUGUUUGACAACAUAACUAAAGCUGAGAGGGACUUAGACUCUGAACUGAACAAGUGGUCGUCCUUUGAAGAUAAUUUGAAGAGCGUUCAGCAAUGGUUGACCACCGCCGAGAAGAAUCUGCCUAAGGAGAUUGAAUUGAAGGCAACUCUCGAUGAGAAACGCAAUCAACUUAAUGUCUACAGAACAUUCUUGCAAGAUGCCAUAGCUCAUCAACAAGACAUUUCUAACUUGGAAGAACGCUCUCAGACUUUGCCUGACGGAAACAAAGAAAUUGCAAAAGAAAUCAACCAGCUUAAACAAAGACACGAUACUAUCCUUACAAGAGCAAAAUCGUUUGUUGAACAAUAUGAAGCUAUAGUCAAUAACCAUCAACAAUAUAGUAAAGCUGUUAUGGACUUGCAGGAAUGGGUAGAAGCUACGCACAACACAGCCCAACUCUGGGGUGAUGUAAAUCUAGAGCGAGUAGCUUUGAGCAGCAAUUGUGAAAAACUGAAAACAUUGCAACACAGUCUGCCUGAAGAAAAGAGUCGUAUUGAUAAAAUACGUUCUUUAGGCGAAAAAGUUCUGCCGGGAACUAUAAGCAACGGUCAAGCAAAUAUCAGAAACCAGAUAGAUGCCUCUCAUCAAGAAUGGGAAGGAUUAGUCUCAUUCAUAAAUAAGACUAUUGAAACCCUGGAGAAUAAGAUCCAGCAAUGGAAUGAAUAUGAGAAUAUGAAAGAUCAGUGCUUGGCUUGGAUCCGGAAUACCGAUACACAGAUCCAUGCGGUGGACCUGAAGGCUAGUUUGCCUGAAAAACAGGAGCAGUUCAAGAAAUUCCAGGAACUGCAAGGUGAAGUACGCGCUAAAGAACUCGAAAUUGACAACAUUACAGAGAAAGCACAGAACUUAUACACCGGCGUACUUGGACCUCGUGGUACUCAGAUAUCAGACCUUGCUGUCAAAUAUCAGGCUCUUUCUCAAAAGGUGAAAGACCUUACCAACAGAUGGCAACAGUACGUUAAGACACAUCAAGAAUUUGCGAGCAAUGUCACUGAAUGUUCACAAUGGAUCGAAGAACUACGAGACAAAUUGGACUAUUGCGCUGAUUUGAGUUCUUGUUCUCAAGAUGACUUGGAGACCAAACUGGUUUUGAUACAAAAUCUGUUGCUUGCUAAGGAUGAAGGAUUUACUAAAGUUCAGUCACUGGUAGAGUUGGCCCAAAAUGUGUUGGCUAACACCGCGCCAGCUGGACAUGAAGCUAUCAACAAUGCCCUACUAGCUUUGCAAGAACAAUGGUCUGCCUUACUUUCUAGAAUGAUUGAAACCAAAAACAUGCUUGACGACUCAGUAACUAAAUGGGCCGGUUUCUUGGAACAGAUACAGCUUAUCGAAAAGAGUAAUAGUUAUCUCGAAACUAUGCUUGCUCAGUUGUCACCAUACGAAACAUCAAUGUCAGAUAAGAGAGCCCAACUUGAAAAACUUAAGGAAGUCGAAGAAAAAGCACGUUGUGACCGAAUUGAUGUAGACACCCUUAAAGCUAAAGCCGCAGAGAUGGUUGCCAGCGGCCAGCAAAAUCAAGCUGCUUCUAAAGCACAAGAGACUUUGAAUAAGUUUGACUCCCUUUACGAUAAGAUCAAGAAGCUUCUUGCUGAUCGCGAAGAACAAUACAAAGAUCAUAGAUUGUACAAAGAAGCUCAUGAUGAACUUAUCCAAUGGCUCGGUAGAGCUCGAGAAAAAGUUCCAUCUUUGAAGUCAAAACCAUUGAGCGAUAAGUUGGCUAUUGAAAACUCAGUUGCCCCUCUAGAAGCUCUUAUCAAUAAGCAAGCGCAAGGAGAGUUGUUACUUGAACAUCUGCAACAUACUGGAGAAGUUGUCUUAGCCAGUACCUCUCCUGAAGGACAGGCUAUCAUCAAAAACGAAAUGAAAGCCCUUAAAGAAAGCUUUGAUGCCUUAUUCAAUGAAAUCAAGCAACAAAAGAGUCAACUAGAAGACACUGUCAACCAAUGGCGCGAGUACAAGGAUGAGUAUGAAAGGUUGUCUGAUUGGCUGCAACAAAAAGAGAUUCAUAUUAAGAAUCAUAAGCUUGCUUUAUUAGGCACCGCUAAAGAAAAGGGUGCUCAAGUUAAUGAAGUCAAAGAAAUAGUCGAUCAGUUGCAAAAGGGUAAAGCAGAUAUAGACAAAUUCAAUGCUUCCGCUGCUGGCCUAUUAUCCUCACACCUGGACACGUACGUGAACAACCAACUGAGACACUUAAACUCUAGGUAUCAAGUACUGGUAAAUAUGGCCAAUGAUGUUCUUAAGAAGGUUGAGACAAACUACGAACAACAUCAGAAUUAUGACAAUAACUAUGCUAAGACUAAGAAAUGGAUAGACGAUGCUUGGGAAAUCAUCCGUAGCGGAAGUGACGCCGGAAGCAACAGUAGUAAAGAAAAUUUACAGAAGCGUCUAGAACAAAUUGAAGACUUAUUAAAACGACGUGAAGAAGGCCAGAAUCUUGUUCAUGCUACAGUCAACAGCGGAGAAAAGGUUCUAAGAAACACCAGAUCUGAUGGUAAAGAUAGGAUCAAUACAGAAUUGAAAGAACUUCAAAAUGAAUGGGAUCGUCUUGUCAAGAAAAUGACGACAGCUAAAGUUCAUCUCGAGACUGCAUUAUUGCAAUGGGCUGACUACAGCUCUAGCUAUUCACAGCUACAGCAAUGGAUCUCCGACAGAGAAGCAAAACUCCAAGAAGUAUGUGAGCAAAAGGUCGCCAAGUCUAAAAAGGGUCAAGAUCGAUUAGCCGGUCUCACUACUGGCCUUAGCUUGGGCGAGAGAAAAGCCACACUUCGUCAAACAAACAAUAUUGUUCAAGAUAUCGUUUCGUUUGAACCUAUGAUUCAGUCUGUAACAUCUAAGGCUUCAGAACUUAUGCAACAAGCUCCUGCAUCUGAAAUUACCAGCAAAUACGAAACGUUAUCAAAACAGGCUAAAGAUCUUUAUGAGAAACAGAAAGAAACAGUUGAACAGCACCAAGCAUUUAUCGAUGCUGGUACAGACUUCGUCCAAUGGAUUAGAGCUGCUAAAGAAAGACUGAGUAAGUGCUCUGACGCAACUGGUGACAAAGAAUCACUCAGCAGUAAGAUAUCACAGUUGAAGGUAUUGGAAAGCGAAUUGCCCGAGGGUCAAGUGAAACUGCAAAAGGCUCUUGAGCAAGGUGAAAUUUCCUGUGGUUUAGCUGAUGAUGAAGAUAGAGAGGAAAUUGAGGAGGAAGUAGCUCUAUUGCAAGAGGAGUACGAUACCUACGUUGAGCAGCUGAACAACACUAAAGCAUUGAUUGAAGGAGGUAUCGUCAAGUGGACGGAAUACGAAGAGCAGUACAAGGAAGCCUUGGAUUGGUUGUCGAAGACUGAAAUACUCGUGCAAUCGUUCAACAAGCUGCAAAACAGCUUAGAACAGAAGAAGGUCGUUCUUGAGGAAUUCCAGGGACAUUUGCAAAUGCUGUUCGAUUGGCAGGCAGAUUUAGACAAGCUAAAUAUGCGCGCGCAGACGUUACUAGAGACGUGCUCAGAUACAAGAAUUUCCAAUGGAAUUACUCAAAUUACCACCAAGUACAAUGCUUUGCUGUCUCUGGCUAAAGAAGUUAUGAAGCGACUUGAACUUCAUUACCAGGAACAUCAACAACACAACGCUCUGUACGGAGAAUGCCAAGACUGGCUUGACAGGACUCGAGAGAAACUCAACCAGUGUGCUGAAAUACCCAACAACCUUCAAGAAGUUAACAACAAGCUAAAUACUGUUAAACUACUGCGUCAGUCCUUGGAACAGGGUCAAAACAAACUUAGAUACCUUCUUGAGUUGAAAGAGAAGGUUAUUAUGAAUACUGAACAAGCUGGAGCUGCUAAGAUUCAAGAAGAUACGGACAACUUGAAGCAAGAGUUCGAUAAAUUGAUUGCUGAUUUGCAAGAUGUUCGUAACAAGCUAACAAAUAGAGCGUCUCAGUUUGACGACAUAUCUAAGAUACACAAACUACUGGUUGAGUGGCUCGAUGAUAUUGAUCAAAAGAUACAAUCGGAUGAUUCCCUACUCAACGACUUAUCUGAGAAAAAAGCUAAGCUAGAAAAGUUCAAGACCUUCAAUAGAGAUAUCGACUCUCACAGCGAUCUCGUUAAGAGAUUAAACGAAAAACUAAAGGAAGAUGGUUCUUUGAAGUCUAAGGAAAUUGAAGAUACAUUGAAACGUUAUGACGAUAUCAAGAAGACUGUAAAUGAUAUGAUUGGCAAAUUGGAGGAGUACGUCAACUCUCACAUUCAAUACAAGGAAUCCUACGAUAACUUCUACGACUGGAUUCGCAAUUGCAAGAUAGAAAUCCAGCAAUGCUCUGACUCUCAUGGCGAGAAGGAAGAAGUUCAGAAGAAACUGAAGAAUGUUAACAACAUCAUAGCCUCUUUGCCUAAAGGAGAAGCAUUGUUGGAAAAGGCCAUUAGUCUUAGUGAAGCUGUUUUGGAAACUACAGGCAAUGAAGGCAAGGAUAAUAUCAACCAGGAAAUCAAACAGCUGAAGAUUGAAUGGGAGAACCUUCAACAGAUCUGCAAAGACACGAAGAAGUUGUUGGAGAAAUGCUUAUCGGCUUGGUCGGACUUCUUGGAGACGUCAGAUAAGAUGACCAAGUGGGUUAAGGACUUCGAUAAUAAGCUCAAAGCAGUCCAAAAAGUUGAUAAGAUCACCCCGGAGCAUCUCGAGAAGUGCCGCGAGCUGCUUGCUGAAGCCUUAGGUAAUAAACACGUUUUAGAAGAACUCAAUGACAGAUGCGAAAACCUUAUGGAACUAAGUGCCUGCGCUUGGGUUCGUGACAAAACAGUAAAUUUGCAAACUGAGUACACCACUCUACUAACCAAGAUUCAAGGUUUAGUUUCCAACGGCGAGAAAAACCUGUCAGACCAUACAGAGUUUAUCAAAGCUAAGGAAGAACUGCAGCAAUGGUUAGAAACUGCUCACGGUACUGUCCACGACUCUGUUGGAGUAGGAGACAUUGACACAACCAAAGACAAACUUGAAACUAUCAAACUCGUUAGCAACAGAAUGACUGAAGGACAUCAUUUACUGGUCGUCCUACAAGAAGCCUUCAAGAAAGCGCUUAACAACACUCCACCCGAAGAACAAGAUGGAUUGAGAAACGAUGUUAAAGUGCUUCAAGAAAGCUGGGAUCAACUGAAGAUAGAUCUCAACUCUAUCACUGCUCAGCUCAAGGCCGCUAUCGGCAAAUGGGAGGACUUUGAAGAAUCCAAGAAUAAGAUGAACCAAUGGAUCAAGGACACAGAACAGAACUUAGACAAAGUACCUCCAACUGGCGGUGAACUUGGUGAAAUGAAGACUUUACUUGAAAAAUACAAGCAUAUUGAAGACGAAAUUGACAACAAGAAGCCUGAGUUGGAAAGAUUAAAGGGAGAAGCUGCAGAACUAAGCUCAUGGGCUAAGAAACCGGCUGUCAAGGAAGCCGUUACAGAAAUUGAAAAGAAAUGUAAUGCUUUGCGAGCUAAGUGUGCAGCUAAGAAGGCGGAGCUCGAAUCUGACAUCAAAGACUACAACCAGUAUCACCAGUCAUUGCAGGAUACAGAGAAAUGGCUGCUGCAAAUCUCCUUCCAACUUAUGGCACACAACUCCUUGUACAUUUCGAACAGGGAGCAGACUGAAGAGCAAUUGGCCCAACAUGCAGUGUUGCUUGAUGAUAUUCAGAAGUAUCGUUCGACUCUCGACGAGUUGGAAGGCAAAGGUCGGGCUCAGAUUGAGCGUUACGAAGCGACAACUCCGUCAAUCCGCGACACUGUUGGGAAACAACUGAAGAACGUGAAUGACAGUCAUAAAUCCUUGCUGGCUACCGCAUUACAGAUUGAGCGUCGUCUCAGGGAAGGUCUCGCUAAAUUCAAGGAAUACGAAGAUACACUGGAGAGUAUUCUUAAUAACUUGGAUGAAUGCGAACCUGCGAUCACUGAGCUGGACGUCCCAGUGGACGGCCUUGCACAUGGUCGUGAACUUUUGGACAAAGCUAGGGCUCUCCACAACCGCUUGCAAACCGAGAAGGGUCGUCUAUCGGCUGCUGUGGCGGCAUGCUCUGCCGCCGCGGCGUCAGUAUCCCGGCCAUCUUCUCCAGCAGACACCGCUCCACUGCCGAUCCCACCGCGGGAGCUCCACGUCAGAGCCCGUCUGGAGGACCUCAUCGACCAGAAACAUGUGAGCGAUGUUAGCACUGCGCCGCGCAUCGACGCAAUAAUAAAGAGCUUGGAUACUCCUGAGUUCAACGAAAAGUUGACCGAUUUAGAGCAAAAGGUGCAAAGCCACUUGGAAACCUUAGGAGAUGCAGUCCACAGUAUGGAAGAAUCCAUGAAGCAAGUCCUGGAAAUCCAAGAAUGGAUCAACGUUCACAAUGCCUUGGCGCGUGACUGGCUUGCCAACCCAUCCAAAUUGCGACCUGAAGCUGCCAAGCAGGACAUAGCUGCCAUGAAUGAUGCUUUAGCAUCUGUAACCGAGAAGAGAAACAGGCUUUUGACUGAAAUUCCGACUGAAGGUCUAGAAGAUGAAAUCAAUCUCGAAGAAGAAUUAGACGAUCUUGAACAAGCCAUUCUUAAAGCCAUUGAAAGAGAGAAGGGCAACCAAGGCAUCAUUGACGACUUCAGACACAAAUGCCAGGAGAUCCACGACUGGUUCGAUUCAGUACUUAAGAAGAUGUGCUUAGCUGACAAGGGAUCUGGCCUGCCCUGUCCUCAGAAACUGAGCGCUCUAAAAGAGCUUACUGAAGAAUUCGCAAAAGCCGGAAAAGAUAAGGUAGACAACAUCAAGGCAGUUGGAUCUCAAGUAAUCAACAUUGUCAGUAAUCUGGAGUCUCAGCAAGUUGAAGAACAAAUGAAAUCAGUGGAAAGAAGAUACAACGACAUUGCCAAACGUAUUCAACGUAAACUCCAAAUGCUCGAGAUUACAUACAAAGCUAUCGAUGGAACUAAGAGUGAAGUCAAUGCCCAAAAUGAAUGGAUGCAGAAAGAAAUUGACAACAUCCUUCACCCUGAACCUCUUGGUUUUGAAAGCAAAUCCGUCAAAGAGAGACAGAAGAAGAUGGCCAAUCUUCUAAAGGAGACAGACGGUAAGAAGACUGUCAUUGAUUCUUUGGAAAAGAAAGUUAGCAACAUUCAAUCCGAACUUGAGCCCUCAGAGCAAAUGCAGCUAGAAUCCGAGCUUUCUGAACUAUCAUCUAAGCAAAAGCAACUGGCUUCUCUUAUCAAACAAGAAAUUGAGAGACUAGGUGCUUCUACUGAAGACAGAAAGAAAUUAGAAAACGACAUUGAAAAAGCAAAGAACUGGCUUAAAACGAAAUUAGCUGAGAUCAAAAAGCUUGGAGGACCUGUACCUUUGGAAGCAGCUAAGAUUGAAAAAGACAUCGCAGUUCACAAAAAACAUCAAAGUGAACUGUCUGAGUUCAAUACUGAUACCCUCACUGAAGUCAUGAGACAAGGUAACGCCGUAUCCAAGGACUGUUUGCCUGAAGACCGAGCUAAACUACAAGCAGUAUUGGAAGACCUCAACAAACAGUACACUUCAGCUAAAGUUGACAUCGAUGACAAACUUGGAGCAUUGAACAAAUUGCUCCAAGGUAGAAAUGAAUUUGAGUCCGAUGUAGCAAAGAUCCAAAGCUGGUUGAACGAAGCUGAAGUGGCUGCUACUCCUGAAUUGAGAACAACAAGCCUACAGGUCUUAGAAGAACAAUUGGCUAAGUUCGAGAAACUAAGCAAAGAAGCAGAGGAUGUCGAUAAGAACAUCAAUAAGAUCAAAGAUAAAUCGAAAGACAUCAUGGCUUCGUUAUCAGACUCUAACAAACUGCAACUCAAAGAACAGAUCAACGUGCUAUCUGAUAGAUUUGCUAGAAUAAACGCAAUCAUAAAUGAUAAGAAGAACAUUCUUCUGAAGCACAUCAAGGAAUACAAGGACGCUGCAGCCAAGAUCGCUGCUGCUUUAGAGUUCUUGAAUGAAAUCCAGAACAAACUGAAGGCUUUGAACAAACCAAUAGGCAGCAAGGUUGAGGACGUUCAACCAAUCAUUCAAGCCUAUGAAUCUAUUUUAGCUGACCUGAAGAAGAACAAGAAAAUGCUGAAUGAAUUGCAAGGCGGUAACUUACAUGACUUGCAAGAUAUUCUGGCUAAACAAGACGAUUUAAUGAGCACUAUUGAGGAUCAAAUAUCUAAACUGAAACAACUUCUGUUACUCAGAGAGCAGUUCUUCGCUCUUGUUAAGGAAAUCGAGGAGUUCAUUGCCAAGUACACCGAUUUGACAGGUGAAAUUGAAAAGUCCAAUGAUUCUUUGGAAGAAAAGAUCAAGCGUUAUGAUGAUAUCAUUGUUAAGAUCCAAGGAUGCGAAGCUUUGCUUGCUACAGCUACAGACAAAGGACAACAAAUUGCAGCUGAAGGCACAGUCAUUGAUAGAAAUAAUAUCACUGAACUAUUACAGUCUCUGAAACAACAGCUAUUGACUUUGAGGAGAACUGUCGAAUCUAAACGUCAAGAGCAUGAGAAAGCUGCAGCAGAACAUAAGAAACUGGCUUCUGACUUGUCAGAAAUCCUGCAAUGGCUUCAUGACAACGAAGCUGCGGUGAAUUCGCGACCUCUCCUCAACAGAGAUGUAGCCAGUGUUGACAAGAAACUUAUUGAACAUACUACUUUAGCUAAGAGCAUCCAGGCCAAUUUGGACAAGCUUACAAAGAUUACUGAUGUCAUUAAGAGCGACGACGGUGUGCCUGGUUCGUUAUUGGAAAUGGUUUCAGAAGCAAACUCUCUGAAGACAUCUUUACCUGCUGAAUUAGCUAACAGAGAGAAAUACUUGCAAGACAACAAGAAAUACAGACAACAAUACUUACAACUAGUAGAAAAACUGAACAUCUGGGUGAAUGAAGCUACUAUUCGCCUUGAUAUGGGCAAAAACGGUACUGACUUCGAAAAUAUUGAAGCCGAUCUUGAGGAACAUAAGUCUUUCUUCAAUACAUCCGAGCCAGAGAUGAAGGAUUUGGUCGGGAAGAGAAUGCAAGAUAUCGUAGAUAAGAUCUGGCCGUCUCUAGCGGCAGGAGAACAAGAAGAGUUGUCUAAAGAGCAUCAGAAACACAAUCAGCUGUUGAAGAAUACUUUGAACUCUGCGAAGUCGCGUCAAGCACAGUUGGAGCAGGACCUGGAGAUCUGGAAGGACUUCUGCCAGCUGGUGGACAAGAUUAAAGCGAUCCUGGACAAGAAUGACAUCGAAGACGAGCCCAUCACGUCGGUAGACGCGCUCAGGAUGCACCUCGAGAAAAUCAACCACGCCAAGAACGAUUUAGAGAACCAGCAGCCGCUCUUGGACGUGGUCCGGGAGCGGGCGCGCGAGCUGUGCAGCGGAGCGGACGCGGCGAGCGGCGAACGAGUUGAACAUAGGACCAGGGAGCUAGCAGACAGAUGGGGCAUCGCUUGCGAAGGUCUAGCUAAGCGUGCCGCGACAGCCGACCACCAGCUACAGCGCUGGAGUCAGCUGCUAGAUGUCCAGCGAAGCUUGGCCUCAGCAGUCACAGCUGCGUCGGACCGCCUGCGACAGCUCGAUGCUACGCCAAGCACCAGGAGACGAGCGCUCGACACUAGACAUGCUUUGCAGGAACUGCAAGCGGAAGUGUCAGGCUUGGAAGAAAGUAGAGACGAGCUUCUAGAACACGCAGACUUCGUAGUGAGCCUUCUAAAGACACACUCCAAAGACGCCGCUGGAGAGACCGAGCAAUCGGUUAAGGAACUGCUCGACGCCUAUGAGAAAUUGCGACAGACCAUUGCGGCGCGGCUCGCGGAGAUCGACGAGAUAGUAUCCGAAUUCGACCGAGUGUCGGAGCGGAUCGACGAACUCCGACAGCUGAUCGAAGUGUGCAUAGCUAAAGUGAAGACUUUCUACGUGUUCGGCGAGGACGACACCGACAGCGUUCAAGCUCUAGCCAAGGAAGUCUCCGACUUAGUGGAGCGCACGAAGACAUUCACCGAGGAGAGCAGGCAGCGGUACGGCGGCUCGGCGCCCGCGGACGUGGCGCAGGAGCUGUCCGCGUUAGAGCUAUCGUCGGAGGCGCUGGCGGCCGCCAUGGAGGAGAAAGAGCGGGAGUGGAAGCGUGCGCGCACGGCGCGGAGCGAAUACGCGGCCGACGUGGACCACGUACAGGCGUGGCUGCGCGCUGCCGAGCUGACGGCGCGGGACCGCACGCUGCCGCCGGAGCCCUACAAGGAGCGGCUGGCGGCCACGCGGGCCGAGGUGCCGGCCGUGGCCGACCGCGUGGAGCGCCUCACGCGCAACGCGCGCGCGCUCGUGGAGGGCAGCCGCGAUGCCGCCGAGCGCCAGCUGGUGCAGUCCACGCUGGCUGCGCUGUCCGACCAGUUCGCGGCCGUCUGCAGCGAGCUGGAGGCCCGACAGGCCGCCGUCGAGGACGCCUGCGACGCCGUAGCGCGAUUCCUCGCCCUUCUAGAGAAAGUCCUCCUAUGGGUCGAGACACAACGUGCAUUCCUCGCGCGGCCCCUCCCAUUGGCCGACUUGCAGGAGGCACAACAGAAACAGACUGAAUAUGGGAACGCGCUCAAGAGCUGUAAACAACAAGCUAAGAAUCUAGCCGACAUGGCUAAGGAAAUCGAAGCGAUAGAACGCGUGACCAGUCCGGGGGAUCUUCCGUCCAGAUUGGAGGCGGCCGAGAACGCCACUGUCGACGUCGAGAAGAAAUUAGCCAAGACCAACGGCUUAUUACAAGAAUUGGCGGAAGAAUGGGAGCGAUGCGAGAAGAAACUGAAGGACGUCGGACAUUGGCUCGAAGCCACGACGAGGACGCUAGAGGCGCCCCAGAACGCCAAGAAACCACUCAGAGACAGACUCGCCCUGCGGGAGAAACUCCUCAACGAUAUAUCCACACAGAAAACUAAGAUCUCUUACGCCGUCGAAAAACUCAACGUGCACUUCGGGCCCGACGGCGUGGCAGCGCAGUCCCGUUCGCCGGAGGGCGUGCAGGCCGCGGCGCGAGCGCUGGGCGCGGCGUUGGACGCGCUGGCCACGUCGACGGCGGCGCAGGCGGCGCAGCUGGGCGCGGCGCUGGCGCAGGUGGACGCGUACUGCGCCGACGUGGCGCGCCUGCGGGCGCAGCUGCUGCAGGCCGAGCAGCAGCUGCGCCACGCCGCGCAGCCCAACUACAGCCCCCGCGACCCCGAGCGCGCGCAGCUGCAGCAGCAGGAUAUCACCCGGCGUAUCGAAGAGCUGACUCGGGCGAUCUACGGGCUGGACCCCUACUUCGUGAUGCCGCCGUCGCCGGCCGAGGCCGCGGAAGACUCGGUGGCCACUCUAUCAAUGCUCGUGUCGAGCGCAGACCGCGCGCGGGCCAACCGCCGCGCGCGCUCGCCCGAGCGUCGCGACCGCCGGGGGCCCUCCAGCCUCACAGUCCCCGAGCGGCCUCAGCGAGCCGCUAGCCCCGCGUGGGUGCUCUCAGGGACCACUUACGCCGAGAUAGUCAGAGGGCAAUGCUCGCGAUCCAGCUCGAUCGGAUCGAGACAGCCGAGCGCACAGAGAUUGCCGCUAAGAGAGCCCAGCACUCAGCGAAGACAAUACGAGGUCGAACCGGAGCGCAGAAGUCCCUCCGUCGAAGAAGUACGACCGAGUGAAGUUAUAAGUGUGACCGUGCAACCGUGCGUUCCGAAUAAACUAACUGACGUACCAGUGUUCGAACCGAGCGAUCGGUAUAGUGAAAGAGUGUACGAAAACGUUAGUGAAAGUGAACCGUAUAGGGAUGAUGCUAAUGUUUACGUUUAUAAUGAAUACGCUACUCAUACUAGUCCUGUGACCCAAGAAACUUACGAGUUUUAUGCGGAACAGCCUAUGGAGUACGAGUCAGCACCUCAAGACGUAUAUGUUCCGGUCGCCCCGACCCAUGUUGAGCAAACGCCUACACACCCUGUAAGGGAAUUACAUCCUCCUGAACGUCAGGGGCGAUCGCCUAGUCCUGCCGCAAACUAUCGCUCCCAAGAUUUAUCUUAUGCGGAAAUAUUAGCUCUGGGCUUACGCAAGCAGCCCAAGAUACACAGCAUAACCGCACUACCGAAACCACAAGUGGCACAAGUUGAAAUAAUCAAAGAGAUAGUUGUUGAACAACACGUAGACAAAUCUCCAUCUGUUCAGCAAUAUGAACCAAAAUCAGAGCGUAUUGAUUCGUCCAGGUUGAAACCUGAAAGGCAAGAACGACCACCUACACGUAGUCGUUCCAGAGAUAUGCCGAGGCAACGACGGGCACCUGAUAAAAGACCAAAUAAACCACAUGAUACACAAACCAUGAAAAAGAAAAAGGUUACAAAAAAAGUCAUCGAGGUUGAUGACUUUGAAGAUGCACCUGAAGCAUCUCAAGAGAUGGAACCAACUCCUGACCGGUCGCUGCCAGUAUUGACACGACCUGAGGAGUCUACCGUUGAGGUUCCGAAUAAAGAAAUUACUAAAAAGAUACAGCAUAGUUCUACAGUAGUGGAAACGGUUACGGAAACUGUUGCAGAAGAUGAUUCAAUUGAACAAAAUAUCGAACAUAAAAAAUCUAAAAAGAAGCAUAAAAAGAAGGGUAAGCAUAGUGAAGAUGAAAUUGAAAGGGCGCUUAAGGAAAUAGAAGAAUCUCAUAAGCAUAAGAAAAAGAAAGGCAAAGAAUCAAAUGAAAAGAACAAAGAGCCUGUGUCGAUCACAAUUGAGUCGACUCAAUUCGAAGAAAAACCGACUACAGAGAAAGAUGAAGAAGCAGAAACAUCUACUAAACAAAAGAAAAAGAAAAAAGACAAAUCAAGAGACCUUGUUGCGGAAUUUAUAAAUGUAGAGUCAUCUGCACAAAAAAUUGUUGAACCAUUAUUAUCUGAGACAAAAGACAUAAAGCAAAAGAAAAAGAAGAGUCAGAAAGACUCUAAGGACAAAAUAGAAAAUAUAAAAACGGUUCCCAAAGAACUAACUGCCGAGUUAAUUUCUAAAGAAUCAGUAUCGGUUAUAAGUGAACCCGUAAAUAUUGAAAAAUUGGAUGUUGUUGAGCUACCUGAAGAAGUACAGGACGUUGUAAAAUGUUCGAAUGUACCUGUUGAGAUAUCAUUGGACAUUGGCAUACAAGAAUCAACAACUAAUGAAGAACAUUUUACCCAAGAAUCUAUGUUAUCUGAAGUUCAACAUAUUAAACCAGUACCUUCUGAAGAGAUUGAGGCUAUGCCAGAAGAAUCCAAAAGUGAUUCGAUAACUAUCAAACCUGAAUCAUGUAAAUCGAAAAGCAAAAAGGGAUCUAAUCAUAAACAAAACUCAGAGAAUCUCGAAGCUAAAAUGACAGAACCUAUUGAAUCUAUUAUUCCCUCAAAAGAAACGGAAAAAGUGCCUGAGACACUCUCUGAAUCGGUAAUACCUAUUGCAGAGGAUAAAGACUUGACAUCAAAAUCAAGGAAAAAGAAGAAAAACAAGAAACAUGAACAGUCUCCGGAAAUUAUUCCAUCCAAAGAGGUAGUUCAGAAAGUCGAUACAAUUGAAGAGAAAAAAGUCGAUACAACUGAAGAGAAAGCUAUUGAAAUAGAGACAUUGGAACCUUUAGAAAUUUGUGACGCAAUUUUAUCAGUAACCGAAACAACAACAAUGGACACAAAUGUUGAAAAUAUUGAUGUUAGUAUAGCGAGCAAAAAGAAAUCAAAGUCAAAGAAAUCUAAAUCUAAACUGGCAGAAGUUAGAGAUGAGCCUAGUGAGAUUAUACCCAAUGCUGAAAUUAAAACGCCUGAAGAAAGUAAACAAACAGAAGAAAUUUCAAAUAUUGAUGAGAGUCAGUUUGAAGUAGUAAAAGCGCACAAAAAGAAAUCAAAAGCUAAGAAAGCCAAAAUUGCUGACGAUGACAUAGAAAAAGCACUGAAAGAAAUAGAACAGUCUGAAUCAUCUAGAAAAAAAGCAAAAGAAAAACCAUCCAAAUCUAAAGAUAGACGUGGACCCUCUAGUUCCGAAGAUAAAGCAGCACCAGUAGUUAAGGAGAAAUCGAAAUCAUUAGAAAAAUCUCCUGAAAAAGAAAAAGUUGAUCAAAGUACUACCGAUACUGAGGUGAAAACUAUCACAGCGCAAGACAACUUGAUUACUUUAGAUUGGAAUACAUUAAUUGAAGAAGAAGAAAAUGUUUCUGUACCUAUACUUGCGCCCAUAAGUCAGCCUGAAUCUGAUUUAUUCAAGACCGCAGAACAAGUAGCCACUGAAGUGACUAUUUUACAAGAAACAGAGGAUUUAUUAGUAAAAGAAACUGAGAAUAUUAUUAAUGAGUCAGAGAUCAAAGAAAUUGAGACUGUCUCUAAAGACACAACUUCGACCAAGACGGUCGUUAAACAGCAAUCCGAAAGUCAAGAAGUAACAACUUCGAGUGUAUCUAGCGAACAAAAUAAUAACGAUAAAUUCUUCUUAACCGAUUCUGUCAAAGAAGGUUCUAUAAACAUUGUUGAGGAAAUAACUCGUUAUGAACCUAUUACUAAGGACCCAGAAACACGCACUAUUUAUCUUAUAACUCACGAGGAAAAGAAACUUCCUCCUAUCAGAACGGUAAAAGUGUUUAACAGUAAAAGCAACUCCUUAGAGGAAUCUACAAAUCCAGAAGAAAACGCGCCGAUUAUUGAUCAAGUUAACAAAAUCACUGAUGAAAAGUCUUCCAGUAUUUUAGAAGAGGCACAGUUGCAAUCAUCUGAGCCUAAACAAAUUGAAGAUGUGUAUAUAGAAAAGUCUUCCGAUGUACCAGAGAAUAUCGUAGAAUCUAACAUAAAAGAAACUGUUAAGACUGCCAUAGAUGGAAAUGUUAUUUUAAAAGAAUCUGUCGAAAAUAUUACGACACAAAUUCAAGAAAUCAGUGACAUUAUACAACCUGUUACUGAUGAAGAAUCUAAUGAAAUAUUGGUCACAAAUAUCGAAGAGUCAAGCGAAAUUAUUGACUCUGAGAAGGUCGAAGAAAAUGUGACUGUUUCUGAUAACAUUACCGAAACAGAGACUACUAUUACGGAAGAUGAGUUAAGCGAUAUUCUCGAACAAGCUAUUUUCGGAUCAGUACAAGAACGUAAUAAAACAGGAAAGAAGGAUAAACAUAUUCCACAAGAUAUUCCCUACCAAGAACUUAAAGAGGAGGUCAAAACGUACUCACUUAAUUUGGACAUAGAUCAAUUAGGUUAUGAUUAUCAUCAGUUUAUGGUUCAUGAACGUGAACAUAGUUCUUUGUUACAUGACGAUGCACCUGUCAAAUCGGUAGUAAAGAGCAUAGUUGAAAAGGGAACAAAAGAAUCUUCACCCGUUCCGGAAGAAGACGUUCCAAGGCAGAGUUACCGAGAAAUUUCUGACGCUGAAAAGCUGCUAGCGACUGAAAAAUCAAAAAUUACAACCAAAUCAGAAACGGAAAAGGAACGUCAGCAAUCUUUUCCAAAAGAAGAGGAUUCCAAGUGCUCAGCUUCUCUGUCAACUUCGUUAAUCGAGGACAAAUCUGUUGGAAUAGACAUUCCAAUAGAAAAGGAAAAAGCUUCUCCUCCAAGAGAAGAGGCGCCAAGACUCAGCUACCAAGAAAUUCAAGAUGCUGAAAUACAGCUUGCAUCUGCUAUUAUAGAAAAAACUAAAGAUAUUGAAAGAACAUCUAUUGUUAACGAAGAAACACCACGUUUUAGUUACCAUGAAAUUCAGGAUGCAGAAAAUCUUCUCCCUUAUACUAUUAAAACCAUUACAGAUGAAGCUUCUAUAAAAGAUGAAACUCCUAAAGAUAUACGUUAUGAGUCCUCUGCUGAAGACAACCUUCUUAAGCCUGCUGCUACUAAAAUUGCUGAAGAAGUAACGAAAACAAUCAUUGAACAUACUGUGGAUUUGAUCAGUAAUGAAUCAGCAACAAUUAUACCUAUAGAUGAAAUUUCUACAUCUGUUACGACUACUCGAGAAGAAACUUCUGCUCCUAAAUCUACCGUUUGUGUACAAAAAGAAUUCAUACAAGAAUCUUCGGAAAUAAUGCGUGAAGAAGUUCCUCGACAAAGUUAUCACGAAAUUAGUGACGCUGAAGUACUUUUGGCUUCUAAACCCACAAAUGAGCAGAACACAGAGGAAAUAAAAGAAAUUCCCAAACAACCAGAUGUAGAGAAAUAUAUUCCUCAAGGAGAAAAGCAAGAAAGCAAAGAAGUAUACGAAGGUAACAUACAAAGUUAUCAAGAAAUUAAGGAUGCUGAAUAUUUGCUAGGAACCAUUAAAUCAAGAGAACAGAGCAAAGAACCGACACCAGUCCGAGAAACUGAAUCUUUGCAAUACAUUACUGCAGACGUUCCACAAGCGUCCCAAUGCCAAACGUUACCCGAACGAUGCAUCUCUACAGUUAGUGAUGAAACAUUAGUGACUAAUGGCCAUGUCGAAAAACCAGCUAUUCCUGUACAAUCAGAAAGCAGACAAACUAUCUACGAAGUUCCAAGAUAUAGUUAUCAUGAACUAAGCGAUGCUGAGACUUUGUUCGCCUCAAAUGUGUCUCGUCAAGAAUGCGAACAAUCCCAGACGUUGCUUGGUCAUGACAACCAAAAUGAGACUCUUAUAGAAGAACAAAUAAUUACACCUCGAGCCUUAAACAAAGAUGAGUCUUCGGAACAAGUUUGGCAGCAACCAACUGCUAUAGAACAAUCUCCAAUUGAAGAAGCUCCUCAGCAGAGCUAUCAUGAAAUACAAGAUGCGGAACGAGUUUUAGCAUCUGUAAUUACUCGGGAAUCGGUUGAAAAGGAUUUAAAUACACAACAAGAAAGACCAGAAAAUAAGCUUCCUGAACAAUCUGUACAACCUGUUAUGGCUCCAACUAGCCCAGAAGACGACUUAAUUAAGGAGGCUAUUAAAAUAGCUACACCAGAUAUUAAAAAUAUAAUGGAACAUACUACAGAUUUGAUAAGUAGCGAGAAAACUAUCAUAAAGACAGACACUGUAGCUGAAAUUAAAGUAGAAGAACUCAUCAAAGAGCCGGUUUUCAAUGUGCCGGAAAUUAUUGAAGAUAAAAUAGAAGAAUCUGAACCCACUACGCCUAAAGUCGAAUAUGCUUUUGAAAUUGACGACCUAACCAAUGCACCUGUGCCUGUAGUUUACGGUGAUGAUCAAGAAAGUAUACCUCAAAAUGUUGACGAUAUUGUAACCGUUAAAGAAACUGUUGUGGAUAAACCUGCAUCUGAUGAAAUUGGCGUAAACCAAACUAAAUCAAAUCUGUCGUUCGAAAUUGAUGAUCUAGAUGACUCACUUGUGCCUGUGGUAUUCGGUGACCUUAAAAAGGUUGAAAAGACGAUCCAAAAAUCUGAUAUUGAAACACAAAAAGAAACUUCACCAGAGAUCGUAGACAAAUCUCCAGAAGAAGUUGUAAUUCCUAGCUUAGACGAUCUGAAUGAACCUACAAAAGAUAUUUUGGCUACUGAACUUAUUGUUUCUGAACCAGCUGUAAUUGACAAAGAAGAUCAAAUUUUGCAAUCAACGACAAAACUUAUAACAAAAUCUGAUGCGACUCACACUAUCUCGACGGAAUUUAUUCAAAGUGAAGUAACACACUCUAUUUCUAAUGUGCCCGAAAAUAUAAAAGACUUUUCAAACGAACCUGAAAUUAUUGAUACGCCUGAACGUGUUAAGGAUAUUUCAAGUACGGAUUUAAGUGUAGUAACCUCGGAAAUAUCUAAGGAUUUAGUUGAUAGUUCUGUAAUUGAACAAACUAUUGUUAGUCAAACAGAUAUUGACAACUUACGCCCUGAAAAAUCUCCUAUUCAUAGUUUGCAUGACCUCCUACCAGACGAAAUAGAUUCCAUUCCUGAAUUUAAACCUUCCUUAUCGAACACUGUAUUGUUUUCCAACUUAUCAGCUGAUGCACCUGAAUUCACACCUUCUUAUAUGUAUCAAACUGUUGAAAGUACUGUAUCUGAAACCAAACCGACUGAUAUAGCUGUCGGUGAUACCACUGCACCCGCAAAACCCCAUGUACAACAGUCACUCAAACAAUCUGAAGGCAUUAUUGAAUGGAACAAACCAGCUGCCCCUGAAAAUGAAUCUACAGCAACCCAAAUCUCUUACUCUUCAAUAUUACAAACUAAAAAGGCAAAGAAGGAACCACAACCGAUAGAUGACAAGGAUGUGGUUUCAGAACCGAACAUUCGACCAGAUACAAAUACUGUUCCAGAAGCACCUGUUGAGGAAGAACACAUUGAGACAAAAACAAAACGUAAUAAGAAGAAGAAAAAGAAGGAAGAUAGAAAAGAAGUGCCUGUUCAUGAAAGCACGCCUCCAGUCAUAGAACAACAAGUUACACUCCCUGAACCAAUUAACGUAUGGGCCAGAUUAGAUGAUGAUGGUAAAACAUAUGCUGAAGUAGUGGCAGAAGGAUUGGAACAUGAGGAAAAACACUCAGUAGUACAAUAUGUACAAAAGCCACAGAUCAUCCCUAAAUCAAGGGAACCUUCUCAAAUACGGGAAGAGAAAGAAACAAAAGUGGAGGAGCUUAGCCAUGAAGUAGAAAACAUUCAUAGUUCCUGGGCUAAGAUUGUUUCUACUAAUCGUCCGUCACCAGAUAGAAUUAUAAAAGUGGAUGUGCAAGUAGCCGAAACCGUUGAAACAUGUCAUAAAGCGCCUGUAAUAUUAGUAGAGGAAUCAGAUUCUGAACAUCAUAAGCCUGAGGUAGAAGUUGAUGCAGAAGGAUUCAUUACCGUAGAAAGACAUAGAAGAUCAAGAUCUCGGUCAAGAGAUAACCACUCCCGGUCAACAUCCAAAGUAACAGACAGGCCUGACUCUCGUGAUAAAUCACAGAAUAGAUUUGAUCCGCUGUCAAGCACGCUUAAGCCUGAAGAAACCGAAGUAUCAGCAAGUAGCCCCUCGGAAGAUGAGAAACAGGCGACGAAGAAAGGAAGGAAAAGCCGUUCCUCAAAAUCGAAAGAAAAGGAAAUUAAACCGAAAAUAGUAGAAUUAAUUCCGAGCACAACUUCUGAUGAGGAUAAGCAGCCGCCAAAGAAAGAUAAAAAGAAACGAUCAUCUAAAUCUAAGGAAAAAUCGGUGAAACUUGAAAAAGAGGAUAAAGUUGUACCUGAAAAGGAACCUUCGAAGAAGUCGGAAAUAGAAAAGAGUGAACCAAAAACUGAAAUUCAGAAGACGGAAGUUGUACAUGUAAUAAAGGAAGAAACAGAAGAAACUGCUCUUCUGCCAGAAGUUCACGAGGCUAAGAAAAAGAAUAAGAAGAAAAAGAAGGAUAAGAAAGUAGAGCCUCAGCUAAAGGAAACUAUUGGCACUCCUACUCCCGCUGACUUAACAUCUUCUGAACAGGAAACUACUUCCAAACAUCAAGCUAAUAAGUCAUCACAACAUCUUGUCGAAACUCCAGUAUCUACACCCGACUCUAUUCAUACACCGGUUAAAGAACGGGCAUUCUCUGAAGCUCAAUUUUGGAAAGUUGAUCCUAGUGAAUUGGAUAACAUAAAUAAUUUAUCAGAAGAACUUACGGUUGAAAUAGAAAAGUCAAAUACAGAAAACUUACCUUCAGAAAUUGUUCAAAUAACCCAAGCUACAGUAUCCAAAAAAGAUUCUUCAUCUGAAUUCAUCAAAGAAAAAAUAAUAAAUCUUGAAACUGAUACACAAAAAUCACAAGAAGUGGUACAUAUUACAGAGGAACAGAGUCUAGAACAUAAAAUGGCUGAUUUGCAAAGAGAAAUAGAAGAAAUGUUAUUACCAGAAAGUGAUUCUCCUAUCGUGGAAGACGAUACUCCCAAGGAAUUAUCUGAUAAUCAAAGCUCGGCUGACUAUCAUCAUGAUGAACCAGUAGAUAAUCUCACUCCAUCACUAGCAUCACCUGAGCCCGAAGAAGAGAUAUUUGUAGAAGAAAAAGAAGCAGUGAAACCUAAAACAAACAGCCUUGAGGAGAUUCAAAAAGCGCAACCAACUCCGCCAGAAGAGGAAGAGCAUAUUAGCGUUAGCAUGAUCGAUUCCAUAUUAGAUGAUGAACCUGUUGAAACUCACACAAAUAUUACUGAAGUGGAGACAACUUCUCUUAUUGUUCAAAAACCUGAAGAACAGACGCAUACUGUAGUUUCUGUGCCUAAAAUAAUCAAAAAGAGUCAACCUUCGGAAGAACCUCAAAAGGCAGAACCUACAACAGAGGAUGUUUUACUGACUAAAAUGCAAGAUACUAUUACUAUAACUGAAGAAAAGAAACCGGCUCAAAUAACUGAAGCUUUUCUACAAAGCGAAAUUGAUAAGCAGUCUGAAGAAAAGGAGCAAAAUAAUACAACAACACAUGUCAUAAAAACCAUCACAAUUGAGACUUCAGAACCGAAAUCAGUUGUAGUACCUUCUAACAUGUCCACUGAUUCCACUGUCGCUACUAACAAUGUAAUUAACCUAAAACAGGAUAAUUUCUGGACUGACAAGUUCUUGGCGGACGAUGCUGAACGUUUCAUGCUUGAACAAAAACAAAUGUUAGGGACAGAACCAUACGUUGAAAAUAUAGUUGAACUUAAACCUGAAACGGAGACGGAUUUCGAAUUAAUCGAUGAUUACGUUAGUGUUGAGGAAAAUAUAAUUAAAGACGACUCAUUUUGGCCCGAAAAACAUCUUUACCAUGACGCGGAAUGUCAAUAUUUCCUUUCAAUUGCUAAAAAGUCUAAAACACCUCCACCGGCCAAAAUUGAAAUCGAAAUCAAAGACCAUAACGACAAAGAUAAAGGCCCCGGGGGUAGUAGCGGCCACUCGUCUGAAACUGAUGAACCUAGAGAUACUAGCGGCUCACCUUUCGAUUCUAACUAUAUUUCAAUGGAUCUUCCUGGCGGUAUCUGUAGUUGGAAAGAUCAGAGCUCCUACUUGAGCCUAGAAACACCCGUGGACUCCCUGGGUCCUAUCGAAGACACCUCGUUAUUAGGAACUGACACGCGAGAGGAUAUACUAACUACCUCACCCCCCGAACCAGUUGCCCUACCCUCACCCCUACAGGAGCCACCGGGAGAGGAGGACACAACCCAGAGGACAGCCAAGGAUGACUUGUCUAACGAUAUUGAAAGUCUACUCGAGGAGGUCAGAAACGUUCAGACGAGACUGUCGGACCUUCCUGAUGAGAGUUUGGAGGCCAUGGAAGAUGGGUUGAAGGACGGCAUCGAAGUAUUAGUGAAGUGUGAAGAAGCAGCAGAUUUGUUAGAACAGAAGAUCAUGGAGUACCGCCACGAGACUGAGAUCCAGUCUCUGUUGCGGGAGUUGGUCGUGAUGAAGGCCAGGAUAUCUAAGCUGCUUACACAAGCGCGCCAGGGACUAGUCACCAUUCAGGACGCCAAGCUAGAAGUAGUCCGUCGCACAGAAGAAAUAGAAGAACAAAAAGAGAAAGUGGCCAAGUUGGAUCGUUGGCUUGAAACUAUUAAUAACGACUUGCAAGAAUCUACUAAACAUUACGAUGCCCUCGUUGAAGAAGACAUCAUUAGGUACAUUGAAGUUUAUGAACGGUAUAUCAGGGAAUAUGAAGAAUAUGAAAUUAUAUUAAAGUCUAUCACUGUGAUAAGUCAAGAUGAGUCUAGUCAGUCGUUGCAGGCGAAGUUGAAUGCGAUGCAGAAAGCGUUGUUGGAAACGAGGAAUCUAGUCAUUGUAGAGAUAGAGAGGUUAAGGCAGGUACUGCUGCAGAUAAGAUCUGCACCAGAAGUUGCGGAAGAAGAUAUUUCACAAACAGACAGGACUAUUGAUUCAACAUCAAUGCCUGAAGAAAUCGUAUCUCCUAGGGAAACAGAAGACAAAUUACCAACAGUUCAAGAGAGUAAACCUAGUCAAGUAAAAGAAGUGAUACCAGCUGUGACGAUUGAAACUCAAACUGGAAAGAGUCUCGCUUCGGAACCAAUUGAGAAAUCUGAGCCUAAAGUAGAACCAAAAGUUACCGAAGCUCCUAAAGAUAAACCUUCUGCUACAAUUGAAACGCAAACAGGAAAAAGUCUCGCGUCAGACGUUCCAUUAACGUCUGACAAAUCUGUAAUAUGCCAGCCAGAAGUUGUGAGUACGCAAGACGUGGCUAUAACAUGCGCAGCGCCUCAAGAAGUGGAAGUUCAGACAAGCGAACCUUCACUCUACGAGAGGGAAUUAUUAGAAAACAUUCAGGUUAGACAAACUGUAACUGACGGCCAUGAAACUAUUGAAAUUGCGAGUCGACCUGUUAUCAGAGAACAAAAGUUAGAUGAAAAAUCUUUGUUAGUUGACGCUCAAUACAAAGAUGAUCACAUUAGCAAAGAUUCACAACUUAACAUAACUCACAGCCUCCCGCAGUCGUUCGAGACUGUCAUGGUAGAACCGGAUGAAACGACAACUGAGGUAGUUGUAGAUGCGGAUGGAACUAAGAGGAUUAUCGUGAAGAAAAUCCGAAAAACUUUGGUUACAAGACAACAAACGAUUCAAACACAACAGCAUAGAUCACAAAUACUAUCGAGUGAUGGCGUUCCUCAUGAACAGUCAUUCUCUCAAAUCACUCUCAAAGAAGAUAAAGGCUCCACAUCUACUUUACUGGAGGAUGGAGGUACACAGCACGUUGAAUAUCAGACUUAUGGUGGCCAACUAAUAUCAGGCCUACCAGGCGGCGAAGUAACUAUUCAAGAGUUUUCAUCAAAGCCGGAUAUGAUAAUCAAAAUGGAGAAAGGAAUGAAACCUGAGGAAAUUCUACAAAUAGCUGAAGGCCAAGAACUACCUUCUCAGAUUCAAACCUCGUCUUCUAGCGUUACAGCUGUCGUCCAACAAGUCACUAAAAGAAUAGUUCGAACAAGACGUCGAAUUAUUAGACGAAUUGUGAUCAUUGACGGCAAAGAACAUGUGACUGAAGAAAUCGUGGAGGAACCCGACGUAGAAGUAGAAGAGGAACAAAUGCCCAGAGUCACAAUCAGUGUACAAGACCACGGUGGUGUACAGUUCGAAGAAAUUGACGAUUCACAGGAUAAAGGAGAUCAUCCACCUCCUCCUUUACCACCUAGGUCAGACAAAGACGAAUCACCUAAAGAUGGCAAAACUGAUGCUAGAAAAUCACCUAAAGAUAAAGACUCUCAUAAGAACAAAGAUUCUCCAAAAGAUAAACAAUCGCCUGAAUGUAAAUCGUCACCGAAAGACUCGCCUAAAGAAAAGAAAUCUCCCGAGGACAAGAAAUCUCCUUCAGAGGAUACAAAAACACCUGCAGAUACCACUAACCAAGCUCAACAAUUACAAGAUAUGCUUCAGGAAUUCAUGCAGAAAGAAAGUGAACAGAGUGCCAUUCCUCAAACAAUAAAGACUGAAACAGCUAUACGAACAUCUCAAGAAAGGGAACAAACUCCUCUUCGAACUGUUACCGUGACAUCAGAAACUUACGAAACUCUUCCUGAGACGCAAGAAUAUCAAGUGCAGGAGCCUCAUGACGGUCAGUAUACAAUCGUUGGUGGAAUCCAAUCAACGAUUCAAACGUCUUCAUCUAACAUCGCAACUGUUGUACAAAAAGUGACAAGAAAAAUAACAAGGACUAAAAAACGUAUAAUCAAGCACAUUCAAAUUAUUGACGGUAAAGAACACGUCACUGAAGAGGUUAUCGAAGAGCCUGAUGACGUUGAAGUUAUCGAGGAAGAGCCUAAAGUAAGUCAUACUGUACAAGAACAAGGCGUUAAAACUAAACGUAUUAAAAUCAUACGCCAAGUUCAGAUCAUUGAUGGCAAGGAACAUGUUACGGAACAGAUUGUUGAAGAGCCAGAUGAUGAAUACAUUCCUGAUGCAACUGUAACAGCUGACAUUGACGUUCAUUUGAGCAAACCAGAAGUAUCAGAAAUAACAGAAGAUGUUGUUGAAAUCAAAACUGAUGAGCCGAAAGUAUCAGAACCAGAAAUUUUAGAAAUUACUGUACCUACCGUAAUUCCCAGAGGCCUACAAACUAUAAGUGAAGAAAGUCAUGUAAAGCUCAGUAAGCCAACUAAAAAAGAAUUCAGUCAAGAAACUGUUGGUGUCGAAAAGCCGGUAAAACAUGUCAAAGAUGAAAGAACCGAAAUCACUUUUGUCGAUGAUAAGCCAGUGUUGCCUACCGAAGUAAAACAAGACACAAAAAUCGAUGAAAUAGUCAAAUCACCGAGUCCACAAAAAGAUCUUGUUUCUGAAGAACUUAGUCCUACAGAGAAAGACGUUAAGACGCCCGAAGAGCAACUGCUAUCAAGGGAACCGCAAAAAGACACAUCAAUUGUUGGCUUGAUAAAGAACUUGAUUGGCAUUGAGAGUGAACACUCUUCUGUAUCUCAAACCCCACAAAAAGAGCCAGUGCCAAAAAAGAGGAAAGACAAAAAAAGCAAAAAAGGAAAGUCAACCGACUCUCAAAGAAGUGACAGUACAACUAGCGAAGAACAACUUGUAAAACCAAUUGAAGCUGACACUUCUGUUACUACAGAAACCGCUAUAUCUGAAGAUGCCACCAAACCUAUAGAAGUUCCUAUUGUAACUAAGGAAGUAGUGCAAUCUAUGGUCGAUGAGCCAUCUAGAGUUGUAGAGACUCUAACCACCUCUCAAGCCUCGACACAAGACAGACAUACGACAGAAAUCCAAACUGAUACAAAUGUGAUCAUAAAGAGAACAAGAAAACGUGUCAUUAAACACAUACAAAUAAUUGACGGCAAGGAAUAUGUAACAGAAGAAGUAAUUGAAGAACCAGAGGAAGUUGAAGUUAUAGAGGGAGAGCCUUCAUUUACACAAACAUUGCAAGAAGAAGGUGUGAAAACCAAACGUCUCCGUAUAAUAAGACACGUUCAAAUUAUAGAUGGAAAAGAACAUAUCACUGACCAAGUCAUUGAAGAUCCAGAUGACGAAUAUGUUCCUGAUUCAACUGUUACUGCGGAAAUCGAUGUUCAGAUAAAUAAACCAGCGAUGGAGUUUGGAACAUACGACAAGCCUAUCGAGGAAGGUCAAAAAGACACUACAGUUAUGGACAUCACUAAGAGAUUAAUUGAAAGUGAAGUAGAUCACUCUACUAUUUCUCAGCCGUCUUCUGAUAAGCCAGCUUUUAAGAAACGUGAAAAGAAAUCCAAAAAGGGAAAAACCAAGCAAGAUGUCUCUAAAGAAGAAAGCAUAUCAUUAAAAGAACAUGAGAUAGUACCUGGAACAAAGGAAACUGUAGCUACAUCCGAAAUAGCUACACAGAUUAUGCAAGAAACGGUCAAAGUGCCCGAGUCUGUUACAACAACUAUUGAACAGCCGCAACCUCAGGCUAUAGAAAAAAUAACUACUACGAAAAUUACAGCUGCUGCUUCGACAGCUCCUGCAGAGGAACAAAAAGAUACUACUAUCAUUGAUAUUACGAAGAGUAUGAUUGGUACAGAGGCUGACCACUCUGCUGCAUUACAAGUCACAUCACAGCUACCUGUUCCUAAAAAGAGAGAAAAGAAACGCAAAAAAGAAUCAGAAGAACCAAGUAAGCCACUAGAACCCGUUACGGAUGAACGAAAGCCGGUAGUCAAACCUGAACCUCUUUCCAAAGAGCCAGCAUCAGACAAAAAAGAAAAAUCACCUUCUCCUGCUAAAGACGUUAUAGUUGAAGAUGUCCCUAAACCGGUUACAGAAAAAGUUGAAGAAUUGACGUCUGCGGUUGAAGAUGUUUCUAAAAAAUAUAUUGAAAAAGUGUCACCUAUUACAGAAACGUCGGAAACUGAAUCGCCUAAAGAAGCACCAAUAGUUAUAUCAACUGAAAAGACUAAAUCUAAAACUCCAUCACCCCAGAAGGAAAUUACCACAACUGACCAAAUAAAAGAAUUUAUUACGAAGGACACGGACGAUAUCAAACAAAUUAAUAUUCUAGAAUUAACGAAACAGCUUUUGGAGAAAGAAAAUAUUCAUGCUGGUGCUAUUCAUUCUCCAAUUAAGACUCCAGAACUUAAGAAAUUCAUUCCUGAAGUAAAAGAAAUCGUUAAAUUGGAGGGUGAAUUAACGAUCGAAUCAGAGAAUAAAAUUAUGGAUCUACCGCAAGAAAAACCAACAAGUGAAAUACAAAAACCUAUUGAAGAAGAAGUUUUAUCUGAUGUUUCUAAGAAGAAUAUUGAUGUUGAAAUAGCUAAACAAACAGAUGUCUCUACAAUAAGUAUAAUAAAACCUGAAGAAACUCCAGAAACUAAAGUCAGCGAGCAAACUCCUACAAGUGUAAUUGAACAAUCUACUGCUACUAUCACAGAGCCUACUAAAGUCCUAGAAACAGUUGUAAUGGAUGCAAAGGAAGUCGGAAUCACUGCAAAAGAAAAACCCAAAGCGCCUGUUAGUGACGAAACAGAAAACAAAUUAUUAGAGACAACUAUUACUACAGUUGUGCCAGAAGAACCGAAAAUGGGUGUUAUAGAAUUAACAAAAGAAUUAAUUAUCCGAGAAGGUAUUCCACUUGUGACGCCUGCGAUUCAAACGGAAAAAACUGUAAGUCAAGCUAUUACAGAGCAACCACCAGUGCAAUCUCCCGUAGAGGUAGAACCCGUAAAAGUUGGAAUAGUAGUGACAGAAAGCACUGAAACAGUAGCAACUGAGACACCGCAAAUUUCUUAUAUCCGAGAAUUUGAACCUCAAGUACAAAGUUCUACGGAAAGUGUCGAUAAACUCGUUGCUGCGCUUGCUAAGGAACCAGAAACAGUAGAACAGAAAUUGAUGCCUUCUGAUGUUGUGGCUACAACACCUGCUAAACCAGAUUAUAAAUAUGACAUCCACUCACUUCUUGAGUCGGAACGACAACACUCAGUUGCAACCCAACUCAGACCUGAAUCUAUUGAAACGGUUGAAAUUACCGAAACUCAACCAGAAAAACCGUCACAAACCGUUGACAUCUCAGUGUCUAUUGCUAAAACACAUGAGAUAAAUAAAGAUCAACCCAAAGCACACAUGGAUAUCAAAGUUGGUGGCUUUGAAACUAGUGAACCAUUUGUACUCAAAAAAGACAUUGAUAUCCACUUGCCCAGUGAAUUAGUCAUCACGGAAGAGCCAAUUAAAGUGCCAGAACUUCAGCCUGUAACUGAAAUAUCGCCGGAAGAAUCUAUUACUGUUACUCAACAAGUAACUGACACAGAAAGCUCGUCACUAAGUCACUAUAUAGAUUUGCCAACAUCGCCGCAUAUGGAGUCACCGAAACCAACAGAAGAUGUAACUAAAUCUCCACUGGAACCUGAUUCUUAUGUAACUGAAUCUGAACCAGUAACGGAAGAGAAGGGAUACGAGCCUGAAGAAAUAUCGCAGGGUCCAGUACCCACUCCCGAUAAAAAGAAACGCCAGAAGAAACGUAAAUCACAUGUUGUAAGCGAGGAAACUACUUACCCUAAACAUGGAACAACUGAGUCUGAAGACACAUCAAUAUCUACGCCUGUUGAAAUUGCUGAACCUGAACAACAAAAGAAGAGGAAAUCAAAAAAAGGCAAGAAAAAGGCACCAGUUGAACCAGAAGUUGAAGAAGAGGAGAAAUCUGAAGUCGAACCUGAGCCGGAAGUUAAACCGGAGAGUCCGAAAAUGGGAGAAGUUUUUGAAACAUCACCUAGGGAUGAGUCCUACCAUACAAUGAGUGAAACAUCAGAUAUUAGCACAGUAAAGAUAGUAGAAGAAUGUGUGCAAAGUAGUCCGGAGACACUUAAAAAAGACGUGACGACUACAAUAACAUAUCCUGUACCAGUUGUAGAAGAAAUUCCGACUCAAGAAUACUCCGUUCAAACGUCGCCUGAAGUUGUAGAAAAACCUGAAGCUGUCAAAGUUGAAAUCCCAGAAGUACCCAGACCUGAGACAGCUGAGAUGGCGUUCCAGACAUCUCCUACUCCUGUAAGCGACAGUUUGAUUCAGACUACACCAGUAGAAGAUAAAGAUGCUCACACACAAACAAUUGAAGAAGUCACAGUUGUAGAACAAAUAGAUAAAUCAGAUUCACAGAUGCAAACGAGCAGAUCUGCAAGUCCAGAGAAAAUUGUUCAAACUGAAGCAACAACUCAAGUCAUUCCACAUGAUAUUUAUAUUCCUGAAGAGAAAUUUUCACAGACUUCACCAAUUGAAGAACCAGAAAUUGUGAAGGAAGAGAAACUGCCAUCGCCCGUAAUUAUAACUGAAUCACGGGAAAUGCAAACGUCACCACUGCCUCAAGUUCAAAAAGAAGAAAAGAGCACAGAGAUUGUCAUUGAAACAACUGAAAGUGACAUUCAGACUGUUAAAAAUGAAAUCGUUGAUCAAGAAACAUCUACUUCACCCAUUAAAGAGAAAGAACUAAGGGAGACAAGUAUUCAAACACCUGAAGUGCCUGUUGUUAGUUCUUUCACGCAGUCUGAUACUCCAGAACCUGCGAUUGCUACUCCUGAGCCAGUGAUUGAAGAACCUGUAGUUUCUCCAGUUCCACAAAUUGAAGCCAAAAGAGAAAUUAUCACUGUAGAUAGCACUCAGCAGACUUCCCCGAGAGAAGAACCUACACAAGUGGUUGUCAUUCCGCAACUUGACCUCAGUCGAGAAGUGGUUACGGUUGACGGCGCACAGCAAACAACGCCCAGAGAUUAUUCUGAAAGCUCGAUCUCUACUUCUACGGACGAGCCGUAUGAAAUUCAUCUUAAAGCUCAGAUCUCCAUUCCUGAAGCUACAACUGACUUCAUCGAAAGUGAAAGGCAAGUCCAACCACCACAGUCGAUUACACUAGAAAAACAGAAACAGAAGAAAAGAAAGCCGAAAAAGAAGAUGGAGUCACCUAUGUCGCCUGAAAGCUUGUCAGAUCCUAUAACAACAGAGCUUUCAGUGUCUAUUACGCCAACUAGUGACGACUUCUCAAGCCAAGACACUACAUCUAUUGAUGAAGGUGUUUCUCAACUUGCUAGUCCAACAUCACCUCAAAGGCAUGAAAAUAAUAUUGCUGCACAACAAAGACCAACUUACUCUGACGUAGUGCAAAGAUCGAAAUCUAAAUCACCGUCGCCAAGCAAGAGUGUAAUUCCACGAAAAUCUGAAAAAGCAAGACUGCUCGAUGCACUUGAAAAACGAACACAAGCUGUAAAUGAAACUCAGAAGGUGCCAGACGAAUCUAUGGCAGUAGUCUUGUACGAACCAUCGGUAGAAAAAUCUUAUGAUCUUAUUGUCAACAAGGAAAUAGAUGAGUUACAGGACGCUAUUAACAGCAACGAUCCAACUAGAAUCGAGAAGAGUGUAAUGGUAGUAAUUGAAACUAUCUCAAUAUGGAUCGAAGAAAUUCAGUACAGAAUCCAAAGACAAACUGCGGCCGGUGUAAAACCAACACAAGAAACUGAACGCUUGAAAUCACUGCAGAGCUACAUCCAACAUCUGAAGGAGAUUAUCGAAGUAACCGAAGUCAGCGAAGAAAUCAUAAUUCUGAUUGAGACUUUGACGCGGCAGAUAAACGCUGUCAGUUCUCUGGACCAGCAAAGCUCAAUGAUAUCAAAAGAUAUAGAAAAGGAAUGGAACAAAUUCUUAGAUGACACCGAGAAACUUAGCCAGUCUGUGGAACGGGUAAAGUCUAACUUAGAUUCCGUGAUUAUGUCCGACAUGCCAACGCAACAGAAACUUGACAAACUAGACCAAAUUGAGUCCGCUAACGUCGAGAACUUUGAUAAUGUGAAGAAAAUGUUCAGAAGGUACCGUUCUCUCAUAGAAGCGAAUCCAAAACGAGAAUGUCCUGUAAAAUUAUAUGAUUGCGAUGACGAUACAAAACAAGUUGAAAAUGUGAUUAACACAGAACGAGAUCGUUUGUUGCAACUGACAUCACUAGCUGAAGAGUAUGAGCAAACUCUACAGGACUUUGGUCAAAUCACUGAUGUGGCCGAAGCUCUUCUGGACGGCAAAAUCAUAGUAGCCAACCUUGACCACUUACAUGAAGAGAUUCAAAAACAUAGAAAAUUCUUUGUCAACUUAAGCCAUUGUAGAGCAAUUCUUGAAUCAUUGGAAGAUAACCUCGACAGUGAAACUAGAGCUAAAUAUUCAUCUCUCCACAACUCCCUACAUGACAGAGCAACUACCAUCAUUGAUAGGGCUGCAAGUCGAGCGCAGCAAAUGACACUAGCUGCAUCUCGGUGGACUCAGCUUGACCAAGGUAUGAAGGAUGAACAUCAAUGGCUUAGAGUAGCGCAACAAAGAAUACCGGAUCUCACCAAUGUUACCUCAAUCGACCACGAGCAGUAUAUCAACCUUUACCAGUCAAUCAAUCUGGAUGUCUCCCAUCACCAUGCAAAAAUGUUGAGACUUCUUUCCAUCACAGAAGGUCUUCAAGACCUUAUUGUAUGCUCUGGAUUAGAAACUGAAUGCUCUACAGCCCUCGAUACGUUAUUGAAGUUGCAGGAAGAUAUAGACUCAAGGCUUACACGUUUGACAGCAUUCAAAGAGAACUGGAUGACAUACGAUCAUCUCAUUGAUAGAAUAGAAGGAUGGAUAAAGACUUCCAAUAAAGAACUACAGCACAUUACACCAGAAAACAUUACAACCACUGGUAAUCUGCGUCGAUUCUGGGAGCUCAAAGCACAGCAUGAAGUCCAUAACAACCUGAAGAAUGAGGCGGGAGCACAAUUUGAGAGGGCUCUAGAAAUCCUUCCGAUAUCAGAUGAAAUGGUUCAACGCCAGUUCUUCUCUAAAAUUGAAGACAGAUGGCGUGAGUUAGCUGGCAAGAUUGGCGACAUUCACACGUCUGCUAUACAGACUAUUUCCGAUCGGGAUGUGUCUUCUGGCGAAAAACUGAACAUUCUGGAAGACGAGUUGAGAGAAUUACGUUCUGCCUUGGACAGUCUUAAGGGUGUUAUCAAGAGCGAAGACGAGUUGAACUUAUACAUCGAGAGGUUGCAAGUGAUGACGAGUCGCAUAGAUAGAAUCCAGAACGAACUUGGAAGACUAAGCUUGCUGCCGACGGCUGAAUCUGAGCGUUUAGGAGCUCUGCUGACGCAGUCGGGUAUCUUGAACGAUCAGAUAGCUGAGGAGUUGGAACGUAGUAUGUUGUUGAAAGAGAAGAUGUUGCAAGUUCAAACGGGUAUUACUCGCUGUUCGAAGAAUCAGCGUCGCGCUCGUCUUACCUUGGAAGAGUGUGAGGCGGCGGAACGUUUGGGCAGUGACGUCGUAGAGAAGGCUUCGGAAACAUGCAACAAAUUGCUGGACGACCUUCAGACGCAAUGGAGGGACAUCCUCGCGCUGAGACAAGCGCUACACACCCUGCCCACCAGCUUGAGGGUUUGCGUGUCUCCUACUGGUGUGGAACGAGACAUAUCUGCUUUACAGGAAACCCACUCAGACCUAGAAGCAGCAGCGAAUGAGCUAAGCGCGCGUCUCCGGGCUAAGGUGCAGCUAUGGAGGCGGUUCGAGAGACAGCUAGAGCUAGUCCAGGGCGCUGUAAGGGAGGCUGAUUAUAUGGUCGAGCUGUUGACCGUCCAAGGACAGGUCGACUAUGAUCGACUGUUGAAGGCUACUGAGAAACUUGAGACCCUGAGCGAGUCCCUCUCGCGCCGUAGCGGCGAAUUAGUCGGCGAGCUGAAAGACGCGGCCGGUCCGUUGGAGGCAUCCACCGAACCAGCCGUGGCAGCGCGCCUGCGCAGAGAUUUAGACGACGCCGCCACUGCGUACGAGCACACUUGCAACAACCUCACGCAGCUGUGUGACAAAUACCAUAAAGCAGUGGACCUAUGGAAGCGUUACCGCGAUGCAGCGGCCGCGGUGCGGGCCUUCGCAGAGUUCCAGGAGGGACGCCUGCACGCGCUACGGCCUGAUGACGCGCCUUCCACCGCACAAGCGUGUCUAGAGCAAGAAGCGAGGGUAGCAGAGCUUCGUUCCCUGGCAGCCCGAGUGGCCGCGGAGACAGGGUCCCGGGCUCUCCAAGCCGAUGCCGACGCCCUCGCCAGGAGGCUGCAGUUAGUAGCUGGUGCAGUCCAGGCGCUAGCUGAUCUUGGGGAAGCUAGACAAAUGGCCAGAGCUAAAGCGAAUAAUGCUAAAGAAAUGCUUUGUGACAUGCGACAGGAUCUGGCCCCACUACACGAAGACGGUGAAAUAGUAGAAGACAAGUUGAUUGCCCUUCGUGACAACCUGAUUGCUCUCGGCAAGAGCGAGGCUGACAUCGCUCCGGCGAGGGCCGAGCUCCCAGACAUCGACCGAGACGUUUCAGAUGAACAUUCCAUCGUCCGGAUCCUCGAGCUAUGGCAAGCCAUGUUCAGAGACACCUUCUUACACUACCACCGACUAUCCACAGCUCUAGUCAGAUCAGGAGACGCAGCCACAGCCCUCAGACUGUGGCAUGAGUACCUCCUAGAUCUACAGUCAUUCUUAUCAGGAUCAGUCCCUGGUGACUACGAGAACUUGACAGAACACCGUCGCUUGUGUAGAGUACACAGGAAUCUCCUUGCCUCUCAGAGGUCUGUGCUGAUGAAUGAGAACAAGGAGACAAAGAACAGAGACUUAGCUGACAAGUUCGACACGCUGACAAAUCUUCACAAUGAAACACUUGCAAGAAUAGUAGAAAGACACGACGAAGUUUGCAACAGAAUUGCCGCUUGGGAUGACUACAGAGAAAUCUACACGGAACUGUUAAGAUGGCUCAAGGAAAUGGAGAGAGAGAAGGAAAAGCUGCAACUCAGAUACGUACAUAUUAAAACAAUAAACAAAGUACUGGCUAAAAUACAGAAUCUCUCAGAUAAAAUACCUGAAGGACGGAAACAGAGUGACAAGCUUCUGGCAAAUCUCAAGAAAGUCCUCGACUUCACAGAAGAAGCGUAUGGAGCAUCAGUGAGGAUGGAGUAUGCUGGCAUCGUGAAGAGGGUCGACAACCUUCAGGCCAGUCUUGACACUUGGCGUGACUUCCUAACUCGAAUACUAGCCCUCAUCGGCGAAUAUAGCUCUAUAUCGGAUGACCUACACAAACUAUACUCGAAAACACAAGAUGAAAUUAACACUUACUCUGAUGAUGAACGUUUAUCCCGACCGCAACUCAAAAAGGCGAUAGAUAAGUACACGGAUUUGAGGACGAAGAUUGAAAAGACGGAAACGCAGAUUGAAGCUCUGAGCGUUAUCCAAGAACAACUGAAGGAGUGUCUCAGUCCUCAAGACAUCAGAAUAGUCAAUCAGCGAGUGUGGCAGUUGAGACAGCAACGAGCUGACAUCGAACAUCAGCUUUCUAUCGUCAUUCACCGAUUACAAGAGCGAUUGGAAAUCUACACCAUCUUUGACUCAAGGCUUACACGGUUCUCCGAAUGGAUGACUACGGUCGAAUCACGUCUCGAAACCUCUAGUCAAAGUAGUGAAGUAAGUGCUCUUGAUCCUCAAGAUCUGAUUAGAAGAAUAAACUCAGAAGUUCAAACUGAAACGGCCCUCAAAGAACGUGAAUUUGAAUGGCUCUCUGGAACGGGAACUGCACUUAUUGAACAAUCUAAGAAAGAUGAAAAGUCUUACAGUAAAAACUCGGCAAAACAGCUGAAGGACGUGCAAGAGCGCUGGUACAGACUACAAGAAACUGGUAAAUCCCGUAUUGCUAAAAUUACCGAAUUACUUGUAACAAUUACACAACUUGAAGAAAGAUUAACAGAAAUCAGGUUGCACCUACACACUAUCGAAUCCAAAUUGACUACACAAGUUGUCAUAGAAUACCUUACAACUAAAGCAGUCGAUGAGAAAUUCCAAGAGCGCGACGAAAUCCACAAGAGCAUUGAAACCGAAAGCGGAGAAGUAGGAGAAGCUCUGAACCUUUGCGAGCUCGUUUUCAACGAUCCUGAUGUUCUCAAAGGCAACUUUGACUUACGCAACCUGCGUACCGGCGUCGACAUCAUUGAAAAGAAAUGGAAAAACAUCUGCGAUAUGUCCGAACAACGUAAAAAUGCUCUAAAGGAAAUCCGCAAAUCUGCCGAAUUAGCCAACUCGUUACUACCUAAAGUUGAGAAAAAGCUGGACUCUAUUGAAAAGAGAGUGGAAAAGAUAGAGACCAGGAAACAGAGAGGCGAUCAGGAAGACGAGAGCGUUUCUAAGGCUGUCAUUAAAGAUCUGGAUGCGAUAGAAGGGGAUGUGAAGCGGCUUGAGGAUGCUUAUAGCCGUAUUGCGUCUUCUAGAGGAAUGGAACUUCGUGGUGAAGGAGCGGACUAUGCUGCGAGGUUGCGCGCUGCGAUCCGUCGCUGGCAGCAACUCCGCGGGCGAGUGGACGCGGCCGGGGCAGACGCUCACCGGCAGUUCAUCGCCGCUCAUGGGAAAGCCGUCGUUGCGCUGGCAGAAGCUGACGUACGACUGACUCGGGCUCUACACCUCGCUCCUGUACCACUGGACAAGGUGGAAACUUUGGAAGAACUGAACGGCGUAGAAACCGAUCUCCAAGAGUGCGAAGCCCUGGUUGCGGACGCGGACCGGCUAGCAGCAGUUGUGUCUUCUGCACCAGGGGUGUCAGAUAUGGUGGCGGAAUACCGCGCGCUGCUAGCCGAUGUGAAGAUCAGACUUGACGUCGCCAGGGCAGAGGUCGUUGGAGACGUCGACAGCGCUGUUCAGGUGGACACUCUUAAAUGGGAAACCGAUGCAGCUCUCCAAGUAGAUACAUUAACAUCCAAAGAAACUUACCGAGUAGAACUCGCAUCAGCCGUUAAAGAAGCAUCGGAAUCUCUCGAGGCGUUACGAACUGCCUUGGUUCAACAACCUAAAGAAAACGCCAGCGGAGACGAACUAGCUACGGCGGCGAAAGAAAUCGCCAAAGCUGGUGCGAAGCCUGGGCAAACUCUGGAGUUGGCCAAACAUUUGUCCGAACUUCUCUUGACGGAGUGUGAUGCAACAGAAGAAGAAGCUAUGCUGAAAGAAGUGGAGUCACUCUCUCUAAGAUACGAAGACCUUCUGGCUCAAGCCAAGAAGAGAGAACUACAGAUCAACAAUUUAAGGUUGCCCCACUCUGCAUCGUACGCGCUCACGUGCGAACAUGAAUCUGGCCGUCUCACGUGCCCGUUAUGCUCUGAGCGCAACUGGAAGCAACUGGAUAACGACCUGUGGCGGCUGGAACAGUGGCUGCAGUUCGCUGAGGCCACCGAAGACGCCCGGACCGAUCCUCCUGAACAGUACGAUGCUCUUGAGGACGCUAUACAGGACCACCGCGAAUUCCUCCUAGACCUGGACUCUCACAAAUCCAUCGUGGUGUCCCUCAACGUGGUAGGCUCGCAUGUGGCGGCUCACGCUAGUUCAGCCGCUGACGCGGAGCGAGUGCGCACGCGCCUGGCGGCGGCCAACCGCCGCUGGGACGUCACGUGUGAGAAGGCCGGCGUGUGGCAGAAACGGCUGCAGCGCGCGCUCGUGCAUAACCAACAGUUCCAUGAUAUUGUGGUCGAGUUAGUGUCCCGCCUGGCAUCCGCCGAACGCGGCGUGAGGUCCCGCGAGCCGCUACGACUGACCCGCCCACCUGCAGAACUGCAGCGGGACUUCCGACGCUUCUCAGAGCUACGAGACGAGUUAUCACGCGCAGAACCCCGUGUCCUUGCUCUGCAUGAGGCCGCACAGUUGCUGAAGACCGGUGACGCGCCGCAACACGCUGAUGAUAUCUGUCGCAGACUGGGCGAGCUGCGCCUGCGGCUGCAGUCGCUGCGCAAACUGUCGGGCGUGUACGCGCUGAAGCUGGGCGCCGCUCUGGCGCGCUCCCCCGCGCGGGGCUCCGCCCUCGCCGCCAUGGCCGCCGCCGCCGCGCCGCAGCUUUUGGAGGAAGAGGAAGAACAGAUAUCAACGCUCAAUCUACCACCCCUGGAUGAAAAUGACGUGGUCGUAAGUGAAGAAGAAGACCAGGACCUGUCUCGCGUGCAGCGCGGGCUGCGCUUCGUGUGCCGCGUGGCGCGCGCGUCGCUGCCGUUCCAGGCGCUGCUGCUGCUGCUGCUGGGCGCCGCCGCCCUCGCGCCGCACGCCAGCUCCGACUGCAGGGCCCCCGGCCUGGCCCUCGAGCCUGUCCUCAGAUACCCCGAAGGCCCCCCGCCGCUCUGAUCACGAAAACGAAACUAAAAGGAAUCCCAGCCUCCCCUCUGGGCUGUUGAUUCCACUUAAAAAUCACCGUCCCUUCCAUCUUCAAAAACGACAGUGCCAACCAUUCGCAGCGAGAAAAUUGCCGUUUCGAGCACUGGCGACGUUUAAUGGCGACGCCAGUGCUUGGCCCGGCGAAAGAAAGUGCCAGUGCUUGGCACUGUCGUUUGUUCCGAUGCCAGGGAGGGUGGUGACUCGCUUUUGACGUAAGCGGCGCUCUCGCCACUGCUUUUGCUCAAAACGCGGUGUCCGAGCGCGCGAUUGACAUUCCAAUAUGGUGCUACGCCACCGCCCGCCGCGAACAAAUGUAAAUAUCCCCAUUUUGUAUAUUUGUUACGGUUAAAAGACACGACGCGGCGGGCGGCUCGAACGAUACGCGCCAACAAACGAAAUAUAAAUUAUAUAUAUUUUUAUUUAUUAUUUAUACGAUGAUGUAUUUAAGGCGCCGCACAAAUCAUAUAAGACGGCUUUCAAUUCGCAUUCACGCAUUGUUACUUAACUGUUAGAUAGUAAGGACUGUUUACAAUGAUGUCAAAUAAAGCCUUUGCAUUGAUUA